CCGACAUCGUGCUGGGGGGUGGCGAGGCAGGGGAGCCGGAUGAUGGUGGUGUCUCCCGACUCCCUUUCCAAUGUGUGUCAAGGGAUCUGUCGAGGACGCCAGUCAGGUGGUUGCGUAAACAACACCUCCACCUCCCCCCACCUCUUUACCAUCCUCCACCCCCGUUCCAGGAGAGAGUGCUGGAGCCGGCGGAGAAGCCCCGCCUUCGACACACACACACAUACACACACGCGCGCGCCGCUGCGUGUCUAUUGUGAAGCUUUGUGCGGGGGAAGCUCCGCGUUUUCUCUCCUUCGCAGUUUCUCUCUACCGGCCCCUUCUCUCCCCCCCGCCCCCACUCUCUCUCACGGAUCAUCACUGCCUCCUUCUCUCCCCCCCCCCCGAAUUCUCACGAGCGCCUGUCCGCGAGGGGGGCGGCUAUUGAGAGUUCGAACUUCAAACCCAAACGGACCCGGUUGGCACGAGCCCAACAGACAGGGGAGGGGCUGAGCAGCGGCGGCGGCUGUGUGAAGAUGUGAAGAGAAGGACGGUGCUGCUGGCUAUUGCUGUGAGAACGGGCAGAGAGAGACGGUGAGUGCCCUGCUGCGGCCCCGCAUUCACCGCAGUGCUCCCCCCCAUUUCCCCCCUCCUCAUUCCCGCCGUCGCCGCUUCUCUCUCCGACCCCCACCUUCCCCGGUUUUCCAGACUGGAGGGAGAGACUUCACCUCACCGAUUGCAACCCGGAGAAGGGAGGGAGCCUCCCACCUUGUCCUGCUUGCAGCCGCCUCUGCGCGGCUUACGGAGGGGAGACGCAGGCGAGUGGGUCAGGGUCUUGCAGCCUCUUCUCCCUUUCCCCUCCCUUCCCCAUGUUGGGGUAUGCAGGAGCUUCCGGUCGCCUUGCUCUCCUCGCCCCCCCCCCAUGAGAGAUUGGAGUUGUGGUCUCUGAAAGAAAAGGGGGGGGCGAGGCGAUUCUGCUUCGGGAAUCCUCCUCAAAAGGGACUGAUCGUGAGGUUGGUUACUCACCGCCCCUCUAUUUGAGCUAUUUGCACUCCUGUGUACGUACCUAUUAUUCUAAAAUAAAAGAACAGCCUUUAAAAAAAAUCCGCCGCCCCCCCCGUUUCCUAACUCAUCCCACCCCAUCUGUCCAAUUUCCAACUUCUGUCUCGUAAGAUGCAAACUUGUUACUUCCUUUUUCCUGACCCAUCAACCCACAUUUUGACUAAGGAGUGGUUAGAAGUAUGAGGGCCCCUUCUCGCCCCCCCCACCUUACCUUUGAGAGUGAAGUAGGAAUCUUAAUCUGCAUUAGUGGUUCUGAAUACCAAACCAGCAGAUGGUAUUUAUUCUCGGCUAAUUAAGAGAGAGCAAAAGCCUGUGAUCUAGUGUAAUAAGGUUUCAGUGAAAAAUGGAGGAGGGGACUGGGAAAUACCCUUUUAAUUUAUUUAUUUUAUUAUUGUGUUUCUAUCCAAAUUUGGGGGCUGUUUUACUCUGGCUUUAGCCCCAACAUAGCUGCUGUUCAGCACAUUGCUUAUUUUAUUCAUUAUCUUCUUACAUUUAUAUCAUGCUUUUCUUCCAUCCUGUAUGUGAUUUCCAAGUGAUCAUCCAUCCUGGCACUGACCAGACAUUAGACCUGUUCAGUUUAGGAACAUAGGAAACUGCCUUAUAUUGAGUCAAACCAUUGAUCCAUCUAGAUCAGUAGCAAUCCUCUCCAAUGACUCACUGCCGCUCUCCAGGAUUUCAGGCAGGGUUCUACCAGUCCUACCUGGAAAGGGUGGGGAUUGAACCUGGGAAAUCCUGCAUACAAAGCAAAUGCUGUACUACUGAGCUAUGGCCUUUGCCUUAGCUUCAGCAAGGUGGCAGCCUCAUGUUCUUUAGAUCAUAUAAUAUGAAUAUUGUUCUUCAUAUUUGCCAGACUGCUGCUAUAAAGUGCAGUAAAAUAUUAGGGAAGUUUUUAAUGUGUGAUGUUUUACUGUGGUUUUAUAAUUUGCUGGAAGCCUCCCAGAAUGGGUGGGGCAACCCAAUCAGAUGGGUAGCAAUAAUAAUAAUAAUAAUAAUAAUAAUAAUUACUACUGUAUACAGCCAGUAUAACUGAAGUGGGCAAGAAAGUAUUAUAGGAUGGGAUGAAGAGUUGUAAUGCUUUUCUUCUGGACAUGUAAAAGUAAGAAAGGACCUCUCUUCCUCUCUUUCUCUCUAGAUGUGUUAUAAUAGGUGGUGCUAUGAGAGAUCAUAACUAUUUCAUAAUUUUUUGCCUAUAUGUCUUAAAUCUAGCUAGAGACCUUAACUGCCUGAUAGUAGUCAAAGCAUACACAUGCUUCCCAAAUGUAUAAAAUCUACUGCAAGCAAAGUAGAUGUGCUUAGGGUAUAACAAUGCAAAAAUGGUAGUAAUCUAAAAUGGUCUAAAUGCCUAAUUUUAAAUGAAACUAAGCUUAUAGUGAUAGAUCUAAAUCAGUUCUUUCAACUGCCUUCAACUCUUUUAGCUGCUAAUUUCUGGCAUUUUGCAUAAUUUUGUACUAGUUUGAAAUUAAAAAUAGUGCAAAUAUGAGGUAUUGAAUUUGACAUUUUAUUUUGAGUGCUUUUAAAUAAUUCAUGUAUAUAAGAACUUUUGAAAGCCAGUGCUGGACAAUAAGGUGAUAGAGGUAUCUCAUAAGUUUUUUAAUCUAUAAAGCAUAAAAUAUUUAUAUGAAAAUAGGCUCCCUAGUAAUAUUUUGUUACAUUUCUAGGCUUUUUCUAAUCUUUUGCAGAGUCUGAGAAUUGCAGAGACUAAGUGUCUUUGAUGCUCUUAUUUUAAAGAAUUUGAAAUGUGAUCUGCCAAUAUUGGAUCUUGCAUAAUGUACUUCAGUUGCAUUGAAUUGUUUCUUCCUGUAAAUUAGGUUUUAAAAUUUAAAACUUUGUCUGGAAAUAGAUGUCUCAAACUGUGUAUUAAAAAAAGAGAAAACAUUUCUCAAGGGCCUAUUUGCAAAAAAAUUCUCUGAUACUACCUUUGGAUCAUUAUACUGCAGAUGUUCCAUCAUAUGUGAAGCAAAUGUAAAAAUAAAGCUAAAUCUAGACAUUCUAUAAUAGAUGAUAAAAACCUGAUUGUAGGUAUGGUCAACUUAAUAAUAACAACAGCAAAUAUAUAUCUAUAUUAGCACCCUACUGGCUUUAGGUGAUAAUGUAACAAAUUUAUUUUGAACAUAACAAUGCACAUACAGAGGUCUCUUGUUUACGAAUACCAGUGUUCAAAAAUAUCAUGCUCGGAAUGUAUCUUUGAAAACAUUGGUCAGAUACCCCAUUCAGAAAACUAUUUUGUUGAAGGCUCUAUUGCUUUUAUCCAGCAGCACUGGGCAUGAGAUAUAUAAUUAAGUUGAAAUGUGUGAAUACAGUAGUGCACUGUUCUGCAGUAGCAUGCAUUUGCUGUAAAGGCUUUCAAAUAUCUGUUUCUAGUUUUACCAUCAGUGAGGUGCAGUAUGUGUGUGUGUUUUCAGAGUGAGUCUAUGAACAACAUAACCAGCAUUUGUAUAAAACUGAGGGAAAUAGAUAUAUGUGAAGAUAGCCUUGUCUGAUUUAGAAUGAGUCAAUACAAGAGGAAUAUUUAGAACAGUUCAGUUAUAAAAGGUACUCUUGUUACCAUUCUUGUCUCAGGAAGAGUUAUUUGCUUUGGACAAACAAAUGUGUGGAUUUUUAAAAUGCUAGUUGUCAUCUAGUAUAUUAUUUUACAAGCUUGAAACUUCCAAAGGUUAUGUCCAGUGGCGGCUGAUAAUAGAGGAUGUGGCAUAUAAACUGAUUGAAGGUGAAUGGUAAAAGGAGGAUCAGAAGCAUUGUAAGUGGUUAAUACUGUAAAUCAUUUGAAAGCACAGUGUUUCUGCUAACCAUAUGAAGCUAAAUUAUCCUACAUAAGUGAAUCCAAUUUUCUUUUUAAGCUGCCCUGGGAGGGCUUUGCAGCAUAUAUGUAGUUUAAAUAAACAAAUUGAAUUUGAAUACCGACUGGCAUGUGUUGGUGUUCAUUCCUAAGGGUUCUUCUUUAAUUAUCUUUUAGAUGCCUAAUGUAGUUGCCAGUUCUUGACUUGGUCACAGAAGAUAAUACUCAACUAAGUCACUCUUGUAGGGCCCCCAUUGAAAUCACUGGAUUUCAAGGAAUCCAUUCUGGAAUAUGUACACAAAUAUUACACACACACACACACACCAAUUAUAUUUGGCAAUAAUUUUUUUCCUCCCCAUUCAGUGGGAUGAAGAACUUUUAAGCACACAAUGUGCAUGGAAAGAAAUAGACAUCUCAUUGCAAUUUGUUUUAUACAGUGGAGUGAAAUGCACUGGGAUAAAAUUUUGGAAGAAAAGUGGGGCAAGAUGAUGAAAACCUGAUAGAAUGGUUUGAGGAAGGCUGAUCUCUGUGCUUUGUUUGUGACAAGCUGUAGGUAAUAAGAGUGCAGUGCCUGUUAAUUUAUUCUUCUAAAUCACAUUUAUGCAUUGUGUACAGUCUUUUCUAUACAUUCCCCCCCAUUUUGUACGUCUUGGGUAUAGAUUCCAUUUCCCCCGUAUAUUAAAUCUGACCAGCCUGUUGGUUUGACAUUAUAUACUGGCACGUCAAACUCCAACAUGAGAAUCUUCAGAUGAGAAAGACAUUUCUAGGCUUCUUGCUUGCUAUAAAGUUUUAAAAAUGGAAAACAUACUAGAUUAAUGUAAAACAUUACCACUAACUUUAGUUGUUUUAUAUAAUGACUACCUGCUAAAGAAUAGCAUUAUGUUAUACCAGGGGCGUGGAACCUCCAGCCAUGGGUCAGACAUGGCUCCCCAGCCCUUCCUAUUUGGCCUUGGUCAGACCAGUUUGGAAGAGCCAUGCCCACCGCCCAUCACCUUUCUCCUGGAGGGAGAAGCAGUUUUCACUGAAUGGGAAACCACCGCUGUUUGAAAGCCCUUUUGCAGACAGCCCUGCACUGCUCCUUGAAUCCCUGGUUUUCUGAGGUUUGUAGAGCAGUGUAGGGCUGUUUGCAAAAGGGCUUUCAAGCAGCCCAAGUCCUGGCAGUGGGGGCUUCAAGGCACAGCAUCCCUUGACAUCAUAGUGAUGUCAGGUGAUUCACUUUGCAGUUGAGUGUGGCACAUUUAAUUAACAUAUCUAAUUAAUAUCCCACGACCAAACCAAAGUCUUAAUACAUAUGGUAAAAUAAUCAACUGAAAUUUUAGGGCUUAGGUAUGAUCGGAGAUUUAUGUGUAUAUAAUUUUUUGACAUAAUUAUGCAUUCCAUUUUGUACCAGCACUUUAACCAGAAUUCCUCUGGAAUAAUUUUGUUUCAUUGCUGGAGUUCUUCAUUCUGUCCAUUGUUGGGUUAGAUUGUGGGGUAAAUCACUAUUCACUGCUUUAGGGUGCAGAAGUUAAAAAGCAGGGAAAGCCAGUAGCUUUUUUGAUUGGGUGGGGCUGUUGUACAUUUUUAUUUGUAGUUUACCGUCCCAGAGCCUUCUCACAGCAGCAUACCAGACUUGUGUCAAGUCAGGUUCUCAGAAGUCUUUUUAUACUGUCUUGGCCAAAUCCCUGAACAUAUUGAGUAUUUUAAUAUUUAUUCUGGCUAUGUUCUUGUCUUUGUACAAGAGGAAUACAUUGUCUGGAUUGUGUACAGGUAGUAUAAAUCAAAUAACCUCCUUAAACAUGCUAGUUUAAUCAGCAGUUUUCCAGCACAUAUUUUACAUUUGCACAAUGAUUUCUUGCUGUCACAUGCAAUUCCAAACAGCAAUAAUGUCUAAUGAAAUAAUAUUUCAUAAUAACUGCAUACAAAAGAACAGUUUUAAUGGGAGGGGCAUAUACAUUUUGAAAACAAAUUAUUUUUACUGGAUAGACAUCAACUUUGGCUAUUUUGAUUCCAAGCAAAUUUGUGCAUUUUGAAAAAACUCACCACCACAUAAGUAUGCUUGAGAGAAUACAAUCUUUAACACUCCAGUUUCAAGGAGAUGAAUGUCACUGUUGUAAAAUUGGCAUAUGCAUAGUAGCGCCCCAUAUUUUUGACUGAGUUGGAGCAAUACUCUCAACUCCUGUCUGCAUGUGUCUACUGUAUCCGAGAUACUCCAGUCAUAACAUCAUAGAGUUGGAAGAGACCCUGAGAAUCAUCUAGUCCAAUCCCCUGAAAUGCAGGAAUAUGCAGCUGUCCUACACAGGGAUUGAACCAGCAACAUUGGUGUUAUCAGUACCACACUCUAACCAACUGAACUAUCUACUUGGUCAAUGGCAUCAUACCUUUAUUUAUUUACUUCCUAAAUUUAUAUUUUACCUUUUCUGCCAAAGGAGGCAGGGAAGCAACUCACUCCAAGGAAGGAGGUCCUUUAGUAAUAUUUCCAGGCCUUUCACUCCACCAUCAACCAGUACAUAACCAUUAAAUUUUCUGAUCACUAUAAUAUAGCUAUGUAAUAGAUAUAGCUUCUGGAAUAAGGUGGAAUUUCUAAUUGACUUCUGUCAUUGCCUGAAGGUUUACAGCCAAGUUAAGACAUAACUGCAUUUUCAAUAAUAGGCACAAACAUCUACAGGAUCUACAUAAAUGAUUUCAAAAACUACAGUAACUCGGUUUACGAACUUAAUCCAUUCUGGAAGUCCGUUCUUAAACUGAAACCGUUCUUAAACCAAGGCGCGCUUUCCCUCAUGAGGCCUCCUGCCGCCGAUGCCCUUCCACCGUUUGGAUUCCGUUCUUAGACCAAGGUAAAGUUUGCAAACCGGGACACGAGUUCUGGUUUUGCAGAGUUCAUAAACCAAAUCAUUCGUAAACAGGGCUGUUCUUAAACUGAGGUACCACUGUAGUUAAGCAAAUUUAGAAAUGGAUACCUAUUUGGCUGUGUCAGUCUAAUGAGUCAACUGAACCGAGAAAGGGUGGAAUUCAAAAUAGUACUAAGGAGAUUCCUCCAUCAGGCAAGCAUAAAUACUUGCACUAAUGGCACUAUCUCCAUUCUCCUCCAGUGAGCUGUUCUAGCAGUUCUCUCAACCUCCUCGGAGCCAACUGGGAGUGAGGGGAAGCCCCAUUGUGCUAACAGGAUUCAUUGCACUGGUGGCUUCUGCUAUCACAACUAUUGAACAUCAGUAGUUGUCACCUACAGCUCCCAGCUAUAUCCUAUCUCCAGCGCACCGUUAAGGAUCAGCAGCCUGUCUUGGAAUGUGAGCUUUUCUUUUCAAAUAUUGGGUAGAAAGCUUCCUUUGCCCGUCAUUACCAUCUGAAGCAACUACUUACCAAUAAACACAAAUUCAGGAGCUAGCCCUUUCAACUGAUUCAAUAUUAGCCUUGUCCUCAUAUUUGCUCAAGUGAUGCUAUCAUGGGGCAACAUAAUUGGCAGUACCAUCAGGGACUCAUUAAUUUGCCUAUUUUCUGUGUGAUACGUGUUAUCAUGUGCCAGCAGUGCCUUUCUGCCUAGACACGAAUUGAACAUUAAACAUGUCAACACUCAGAAACCAGUGGAUGAACAUGUCUGCUAGGUAUUCUCUAACCAACUUCAAUUUGAGUCUUUUUCUUGCUUUACUGGAUCUCAUUUUCAUUUGUGCUCUAUAAUCUGAUAUUCCUAUCCCACCCUUCUUGUCACAUUAUCAGUUUUGCUGCCUAUCAUUUUUAUCCCAUGCAUGAGACUUAGGUUUACUUGGUGCAUUAAAGACACCACAGCACACAUCACCUCUUUUUAAAAAGCCCGAUGUAAUCAUAAAAUAAGAUCACAGCAUAAGAGUAACAUAAAUCCCAUAUGUCAAACAGGAUGAAUUAAAUCCAAUCCAAAUAACCAAAGAUUAAGUGGACUUGAGAUGUCCUAUUUUGAGAUGAUUAAAACAGAUGGAGUGAGGGAUCUCUUAAGCAAGGGGCAGGUGUCAAUAAGAUUCUUCAUUACUUACAUGUGGCUUCACAUGUAAUGAAUUUUGUAUAUAGAUAUCAUUUGAUUUGUAUUCUCCCCAAAGAUAAUAAUUUUAAGGAUUAGGACUUUUUGCUUUGGAAGAUACAAAUCCUUGAAAUACACUCAAAAUGUAUCCCCCCCCCCAAAGCCGGUGGGGUUAUUUUGGACCCCUGCAGCUAUUUGAUGUACAGUAAUUGUAAAUUUUGUGCAGCAAACCUGACCCACUUAAUACUCUGUGUGCUCCUCAACAACUAUGGAGACUGUCGUCCCAUGAUGUUUUUGUCUCCUUCCCUCCUUCGUAUUUAAUCCUCCAACAUUGUAGAUGGUAGCAUUGAGAUUAUAACUUUCUUGUAAAAAAAAGUAGUUGUUUAUAUAUCUAGCAGGUGGAAAAUAUAAAAAAUUCACUGAAAGUCAUGUUCAUCCAUCUCUUAAUCUGAAAAAUGCCAAAAAAGCCAGUAUAUUCUAAUGUGUGGAAUGCAGUUGUAGUCUCAGUCUAGUUCCCAGUGGACAGGUGUUAACAUAAUAAUUUACACCAAUUACAUCCUUGUUGACAAUCAUUUGUAGAAAGGUCAAAGAUUAAAUAGUUUUAAAUUAACCUUUCACUUCUAGAUGUGACCGUUUCCUGGCCAGAGAUGAGACACAAGUGAUUGCAGUGUAUGCUUUCCUAUAAUGAAGCAGUACCUGUUUAUGCACAGAAGACUAUUUUGAGAGUGUAAAAUCAAACACCCCCUGGAGUGUUAUUGGUAGAAGACAACUGAAAAGCAAAAGGUAAGAUAAGAUAGAUGGUACAAACAUAAUUUCUGAUCUUAGACACAUUGGCUGUGAUCUGGUAAACUGAAUCUGAAUGCAAGGUCGAGCGUUCCUAUCUUCCAGUACAGUAUAGAGAGAAUAUAGUAUACUUUCCCAUAAUGCAGUGGUAAUUCUUAUAAUUUGGAUCAGAAUUCCAGUUUCUUUGUCUGAAAAAUUGCUUAAUUAAAUGGUAAAUCUAUAAUUUAUCUUGCACAUCCCAUUUCCUUUCUACCAGUGAAAUAUUGAUUAUAAUUACUAAUUUUAAUGUCAAACAAUGCAAAAUUAAUGGGCUUGAGGCAGCUGUCAUUUAUCUCUGGAAGAGGUAAUGUGCAAGCUGCCAUUUCCUAAUCAUGAUAUUCUUGAAAGUUUCCAACUUCUUCUGCUUGCUGCCUUCCAUCUCAACAUCAGUUGCCUUGUGUGCAGUUUUUUUAAACACCGGGAGUAACUUGUGUGCAGUCUUUUAAAGUGAAGGUCUUAGCAAGGUGUGCCUUAUUGAUACUGUGAUUUAUUUAUUAAGGGUACUGAAGUUGGCAAAUGGAAACUUGAGAGACAAGACCUUGAGUACUAAAAAAGGAGUUCUAGCAAUAGAUCAAUAUGAGUUAAACUGUUUUCCCAUGGUUUCCAUUUUUUUAAUUUUAGAGAUGCUCUCCCAUAGACUAAGGUAAGAACCAAAGCCCUUUCAUGUUGUAUGAAGGAGAAAUGAUGAUGGAUUGAGAACACUCUUCUAAGGGAGUCUUACUUUCUGUGGAUUCUUGUAUUUUUUCAGAUGAUUAAUACCCCUAUUGAAAUCUAUAUUUCUUUGAAUAGUGUUCCUCUGAAAGCAAGUCUUCUGCAACUGUAUUUUCAGCCAUCAGAGCAGCAGGGGGAAUAAUGCAUUCAAAUAUGAAAUACAUCAAACCAUAUUUGAUUUGUUGCUUAGCAGCCAAAGCAAAUUAUGGAAAUUGAAAUCUGAAACAGAUUGAACAUCAUGAUAGCAAAAGAGUUUCACUUCUGUUUGUACCAUCGUAUUAAAUAACACAAUUUCUGUUCUGUGGGCUUUUUCUACACUUUAGCAAAAUUGUUCUGCUGAUGCUUUCAAAAUACACUGUAGAAUGAAAGUAGUGUUAUAAAGCUCAUGUCUGGCUUACAACAUCUGAACAGAUGAGCACAUUAAUUAGAUAUAUCAGUAGGAGAUACUAGAAGAUUCUCAGCAUGGUGUUUUAGGGAAUGCCUUGAAAUUUAUUUAAUUUACAUUCUAUUUCAACAUAUACAUUGAAAAAUGUGAAAAUUACAUAUUCCAAUCUUCUCAUAGCUUGCAGAACUAUUUUAUGCUGCACAUCUCCUCCUUACUGUUGGGGAUUCCUCCAUCAGGCUAGAUACAGGAUAUCACAAUUGAAGCAAUGUGAAAAGAAAAGUUAGCUAUAGUUUUUAACUUCUGCUGCCUUUUUCUCUGGUGAUUGUCAGCAGCAGUCUAAGAAGCCAAGAUUCAAGAGUAAUUGAUAAUUAACCAAUGCUUCCAAUCCAAAUUGCUAAUUACUGGCAUAUUAUGACUGUGAUGCAAUUUUGCAAAUAAUUAUUGAGUGAGGACUUCUGCUGUUACAGUGCAGUCCCACUAUUUUGAAAUAUUUCUGUAAUUUCUACAUUAGUUCUCUUAAGUCAACUGGGGACAAUCUAAAUAGCUUUCUACUGUGUUCCCAAGUCAGGACCAGCAAUAUAAUGCUCAAGCAAGGGCCAGUGCAUUUAAAGGGUGGAUAGAGACUGUAAGUUUACAGUUACUGAAGUGCUCUACUGCUGAUACACUUUGGCAUCCCACUCUAAUCAUUUCUUUUAAUUAUAAUUUUAAAGGUCUUGUGGGUGAAAGUUCUGUAUUUGGUCUUAGUUCAACAGUUCAAUACUUAGUUCAAAACUUAGUUCAAUACUAUUCAUGGUAGGAAGUCUUGACAUUCAUCAAAUGCUACCUUUUGGAACUGUCACUAGAGAUAAAACUGGAACUACUGCAGAACAAUUCCCUGGAUAUCUGUCUCCCAAAAUUCCAUCUGUGCCUGUUGGCCCCAAAAGCUUAGCAACCUCUGCCAGAGGUUGUGUCCAGAGCAUAAAACAGCAAAAAAAUACAAACCACAAACCAAAACAAACAAAAAACCCCCAAAACCAAUUUACAUGUCCAUAUUGUCUUUUAAUAAGAAUCAAAGAGGUAGCUGGUGUAGAUCUUAACCUCCACACGUAUAUGAUUUUGGAUGUAGUCUAAUUUGUUUGUACAUGUUGAAGGAGUGUCAAUAAAUCAAAAAGGGACUGGAGAGGGUUUUAUAGCAGCUGGUGGUGGUAGCUGAACAGCUCCCUACUUGCCAUCCUUUCGUGUUAUUCUGCCUAUUAUAGACUAAAUUACUUUUAGUCUAUAGUGUGUGUGAUACAGGAUUUGAACUAUAUGCAGGAUUGCAGUAGUGGAAUAUUUGUAUAGGUCUAGGCGCUGUAGUACAAAAUUGUGAGUUUUAGAGGAUGUGUGCUGGCAUUCAGAUAGAUCCUAGAUCAGGCAUCCCCAAACUCAGCCUUCCAGAUGUUUUGGGACUACAACUCCCAUCAUCCCUGUCCACUGGUCCUGCUAGCUAGGGUUGAUGGGAGUUGUAGUCCCAAAACAUCUGGAAGGCCGAGUUUGGGGGUGCCUGUCCUAGAUCAUUCUUUCCUACCUAGAAUUUUCCCUAUCCAGGCACUGAAUAUCAAUAUGUAUGGCUAUUGUUUACAUCAAACAUACUGCUUUUCAGAUAGACUUUUGAAGGCAUCACUUUGUUCUGGAGUGCAAUCAGCUGAUUCAGAAUUACUUACUGUAUAUGUUAAUUAAUCCACUGUGAUAUCAAUUCUAGCCAUGUCUCUAAUGGAAAUAAAGUUUUUGAAUUUUGGGGAUGAAUCUGCAAGAGCUACACAUGACAAGCAGGAUUCAUUUCAUACUAUUAUUAACACACAGUGAAUUGACAUUAAAGGAAACUCAUUGAUAUUAGAACAAAUGAAACAAUUAAACACAAUUUAAACUACAAACUAGAAGAAAUGAGAAUUGUAUAAACUUGCCAUACUAGAAUAGACACAUACAUUUUAUUCAUAGCUGUGAAAAUUCUGUUCAACUGUGUAUAGCUAUUUGUUCUCAAACUAUGCAUUAGGUGGGGCUCCCAAUACCUGGGUGUUACUCAUCUAAGUGUUAAUCAGAGUACACUCAUUAAAAUUAAUGAACAUUAAUUUCAGUGCAUUUACCCUGAGUAAAACUUAGUUGAAUGCCACUUGGGUUAUUUAAACUAUACAUAUAUAGAAAUAUAUGUAUGUGUUUUUGUUUAAAACAAACAUGGCUUAGACAGACAGCAAGCCUUGGGCCAAGUGUGGCUGCUUAAUUCUUUCAUAGUUUUUUGGUUCAAAAUCCCCAAGCUACUUCUACCCCUAGCUUGGGAAAGGUGAACUUUUAGCUGAAAUGGUAAAACAGUCCUUUCUGUACCCUGGGUGGUAGCCACCUUCCUAGACUGAUUUUGCUUUAAGAAGCACAUGCAGAUAGGGACAAAACAGGGAACUCUGAAGCGUAGUAUGAGUCUUAAGAUGUAGGCAAUUUGAGGUGGCAUACUCUGUCCUGAUCUGGUGUUAGGCUUAGAUCUGAUUCUAUAGAACUGUAUCAAUUCUUAAUUUCUAGUUCAUUCUGACUAAACUACUGUCAGCAAAACUUUCAGUUAAUUAUUCAGUAGCUGUGAACAUUUGUCAUCUUGUUAGAUUCUAAGUGAACAUCAUAUACAAUUUCUUGCUAAAAGAUUGAGGUCUGAAGGGAGGGGUGAUUGUUCUUUCGGCUGAGGAUUACAUUGUAAGUAUCAAAUGCAAAGACAGGUUGUGAGAAGUACAAGUUUGAUUAACAGUUUUAAAUGUUUUAGUAUAACCUUUCUAAUCAAUGGAAGCUAAAAGACUAGAGUGAAAAUCUACAGUUAAACCUAGGUUUAGAAAGUACUACUAUUUUGUGUUAAUACAUGUUGAGUGUAGAACAUAAGUGAUGACAUUGACAGUCAUGUCUCAGUCUUUUUAUAAAACAUAAUAGGGAGAAUGGACCUAGACAAUUUUAGGGGAUAAUUUUUAUUUGUUUGGGGUAGUAGAAUGCUACAUAAAUGUUAUGUUGGAGAGAAGCACUUUAAUAUACUUCCCUGAAAUAGUUUUUGUUUGGAAAACCAUUUGGGAUACUUUAAUCCACUAUGGGACGUCUAUGGGUGGCACUGUGGGUUAAACCACAGAGCCUAGGACUUGCCGAUCAGAAGGUCAGCGGUUCGAAUCCCCACGACGGGGUGAGCUCCCAUUGCUCGGUCCCUGCUCCUGCCAACCUAGCAGUUUGAAAGCACGUCAAAGUGCAAGUAGAUAAAUAGGUAAGGUAAACAGUGUUUCCAUGCGCUGCUCUGGUUCUCCAGAAGCGGCUUAGUCAUGCUGGCCACAUGACCCGGAAGCUGUACGCCGGCUCCCUCAGCCAAUAAAGCGAGAUGAGCACCGCAACUCCAGAGUCGGCCACGACUGGACCUAAUGGUCAGGGGUCCCUUUCCCUUUAAUCCAAUAUGGCAAUUCUUUAACAGAAACAAAAAAGUACCACAAUGGCAAAACAUUAGUAGAUUUAGUGAGGGUUUUGUGUUUUUUUACCCUAGGUGUUUUUUGUUUACAGAAUGAAAAUUUUGAAUUACACGUGUCUGAAAUUUGUGGACAUUGGCUGCAGCUGUGCAGGUGACCAUAUCCUAGUAGCUCUGCUUCUGUGUAAAUUCUGCAAUGAAAAGUGACCCUGGUGUGACUUUCAACCUAGUUUAUAUGGAAGAAAGUUCAAUCACCCAACACAACUUUUUCUCCACUCCUCCCCUGUCCCUAAAUGAUUGUAAAUGAGAGCUGACUCACACGAUGCAUCUGCUGUUUGGCUGUAGGGAUUGAAUGUUGUUAAGUGUCCCCACAUAAAGAUGCUAACAUUUCAAAGAGAACACUAGGGUUGGAAUUCUUCUCCUUGGGCAAUGAGAUCACAAUCAAAGGAGAGGCUAUCCAGGGAAGCAAAAGCUUUGAACAGAAGGGGUGGAGCACACAGCAUUCACAGGAAAUGAACAACUUGGCACAGAACCACAAAAUCUAUUUAAAAAAGCAAAAGAUACAAUAAUCAUGGCUGUGACCCACUCACAACUAGUUGUGGUUUGGCAAAGAAAUAUGAUUAAUAAACAUAAAACACUUAAAGAUUUGAUAAUCAUCUCAAUUGGGGUCAGUAGAGACUGGGUGUGGCCAGGUUGCUGUUGAAAAUAAUUGUUUCUUUAGCUGCUUUUUGUUUCUUUGCGUAUUGGACAAGAAUAAUUGGAUUUUUCUUGUUCUUUUUUUUUUUUUAAUGCCUAAUGUUCUGAACUGCACUCUUAAUAGGUUAUAACAUGACUAUCAUGCUUUCCUGAGCCUUUCAUCUUCACUUUGCCACACUGCACUUCUUCCCACAAACUUGUUUAUAGCGCUGUGUGUGUACACUUACCGUAUUUUUCGUCCCAUAGGACGCUCCGUCCCAUAGGACGCACCUAGCUUUUUGGGGGGGGAAUAAAGGAAUUUCCCUCCCCUUUAUUUCCCCCCCAAAACCAGGUCGGGGAACAGCGGGAUGGCGGCGCUGCGCCUCCCCGCUGUCCCCCGAGCUUGUGGGGCUGGCCGAUGUCUGUCCAGCGCACGGGGCGCUCUGCUUCAGGGCGCCCCACGCGCCGGGCGGCAGGCUGCUAUCUGCAGCCUAGGGAGCCCUGCAGGAACUCCCGCAGGCUCCCCAGGCUUGCUGAUAGCUUCCUGAAGCCUGGAGAGCGAGCGGGGUCGGUGCGCACCGACCCCUCUCGCUCUCCAAGCUUCAGCGAAAGCCUGUAUUCGCCCCAUAGGAUGCACACAGAUUUCCCCUUCAUUUUUGGAGGGGAAAAAGUGCGUCCUAUAGGGCGAAAAAUACGGUACACUCUUGUACGCAUACCCAUAUGUUUACGGAUGCAUCUGUCAGCUGCAGAUAGCAUUUCAUGUGCCCGAGAAAAGUUUUCUUUGACCCACCAAAGCUUAUGUCCAAAUACUUGUUCGUCUUGAAGUUUCACUGGACUAGCCCCCACCCCCCCAGGAUUAAUUCUUGGCUUUUUAGACUGCUGUUGAGUCACUAAUGGAAAAUCUUUAAAAAGAAGGAUGUGUUCCAGCUUUGAGUUGGUACACCGAGUACAGAAGCAUCCAUAUACACCAGUGAACCAAGAGGCUGGCCAUGUGGUACUGUCUGCUCUUAUAUUUUGCCCCAAGCUUCUACUGUAGAUAUGGCAUUCUCUGUUUUAUCAUGGCCAUGCUAGACAUGUACCUCCAGGGUGAGCUGUGUUAUAGCAAUGACAAAACUGUUCUGUGCCUUCCAGCAGGGAUUCCAAACUGCUCAGGCAGAUAAAGGCCCUUGCAUGCAGUUAAAUCUUGCUUGUAAUGCAUUGAAAGUUUGGCCACAGUCAAUCUGUAGCUGAGGAAAGUCUUGCUGGUAGAGAGAUAGGAUUUCUGGGAGACCUCUACAGCAGCCAAUAUCCUCCUAGAUGUGUCUAUUUGUUUGCAGCUCUCUCUCAUUCUUUAACCUCCUGUUAGACAAACUUACUCCAACUGCUGCAAAGGUCUGGGUUGUGCACACUUAAUUUUUAUAUUGAAGAAAGGAGGUGGAGAUUUUUAGACCUUGAAGCAUAUUGUGCAGUCCGUGAAUCAAAACAACUGUGCUGCUUUGGUUAUUUCCCUUAAUAGACAAUGUAUUUUGUGCUCUCCUCCUUUUUUGUUAUUGUAAAAAUAAGUUGCCACAGUUGGCGUUUUGUGCAGACAAAAUCUUUGGAUUCAACCCAAAAUCACCAGCUCAGGUUCUGAGUAAUAACAACACGUGCUUUAUUCCUUGUUAUUGGAAGGCAUGGGGGAGAGAGACAAGAAAGCAUUUUCUAUUAAAGAAGCUUUUAUGAUGCAGGGAAGAGGGCAUCUAGAAAUUGUCACAAGAAGGUAAAAGAUACUACAAAUAAGAGAAUAAACAAAAAUUAUGCAAAAUCAUAAUACAUGAUAUAGAGCCAGUUUUUCUGAAGGCAGCCUUAGUUUUCACUGCCAGCAACAAAUAACAGAUCUUGCUUUCUGAAUUCUGGUUAAAGAAAUAACUGCUGCUCCCCUGCUAAGAACAGCAAAAAAAUCUGGGAAACUUGCCCCAAUCCUUCUUUUAGCCAUACAGAAGAUACCACAUUCUUCCUUUAGCCAUUUUCGUGUUUGUGGUCUCUGCACUGCUGGAAAUGUGCAUAUGUAAAGCUACCUACAGAAGUGUGUGGAGCUUUAAGAACAAGGUAUUUGUAGCCCUGGGGAAUAAGAUGGAUUCUUCUUUGUGCACAGAUAAUGUGUACAGUAAUAUUUAUGUUUCUGUAGAAAUUUUGAAUGUGGCAGUAUUCAUUUUGCUGAUAUGGACAUCUAUAUCAUUUAUUCACAAGAAUAUUGAAUCCUAUGCCAUAGAAUAUGUAUUUCUGGCCAUGCAGCAACAAGCUACUCAAGCUACUAUGUUGGUCAUGGAACACACAUUCACUGUUUGAUUUUGUUUAUGCAGAAGCCUUAUCUUUGCUGCUCUUCAUAUAUUGAUGUUCAGUUUGCAUAUCAUAGUUACCACCUCUGUUGACUACAGUACUGCUUUUUCUGUGCAGGAAUGAUUUCAGUCAUUUGUAGGCCCUUUGUUACCAUAGUAUCAUGUCCCCUUACUGCUGCUUCCCUGAGCCUGCAUGCUGUACUACUGGCUCCAUCUGCUCAUUGUUGCUGCCACUAGAGAAGGUUGGGUUCAGGUUCAUCCCUCAAUACUACUACAGCCACAGAGUCAAAGUUCAUAUCAGAGAAGUAGGCUUGGGGGAAACAGGGAAGAGAAAGGAAAGUGGCUAGAAAGUGAAGCAUUGCCCUUCAAGUCUGGCCUUUCACUUGUUCCCACAUACUACCCCAGCACAGCCUCUUAUUUAUCAAGCAGUGAUCCCAAAUGGAAGUGGGAGUGAUUCCUAGGGGAGGGAGACAGAAAUGGUUGAUUCUUUUUCCUGCCAGUGCUACAGGAACUGGAGUCUUUUUUAGUUGCACCAGGAGGCAAAAGAGAAGCAGGAAGAGGAGAAAAAGGGCUAAGAUUGGGUUGUAUAAUUGUGCUGUUAAAGCAUGCUCACAAGGAUAAACAAAAAUGGUGUAUCUAGGUCUAAUUUUGAGGGUUGCGGUUGGCAGUGGUUCAGUUUGUAUGUUGGGAUGAGGCCCCUGACAGGUGUCCAACCAUGCCAGCUGCUGAGGAGAGGGUGGCCCUCAUGCUUCUUAAGGGAAAAAACCCCACAUUAUUUAUUUAUUUAGCCCCACCCAUCUGACUAGGUUGCAUUCUGGGCAGUUUCCAACAAAAUAUAAAGGGACACAACAAUUAUUAAAAGCUUCCCAAAACAGGGCUGCCUUCAGAUGUCUAUGAAAAGUCAUAUAAUUGUUUGAAUUUUUGACAUCUGAUGGGAGGGCGUUUCACAGGACAGGUGCAACUACCAAGAAGGCCCACUGCCUGGUUCUUGUAACUUCUCGCAAUGAGGGAACUACCAGAAGUUCCUCAGAGCUGGGCCUCAGUGUCAGGACUGAAUGAUGAUGGUGGAGGCACUCCUUUAGAUGUGUUUGCACCUGGCUUUUUGUUUUUUUUUAUAAGAUAUUUAUUAGGAUUUUCAAAAUAUUACAAAAUAGAAAAAGAAAAAAGAAAAAUACAAAAUAAAAAUAGUUAAAAACAAUUCAGUCUUUCAAUCACUUAUCUUUCAUUUGCUUGUUUCCCAGACCUCCUCACGCCUCCCUUUUCUGUAUUCCACUUCAAUUGUUAGUUUAGCAAAUCCCUCCCCUCUUUGCUUAUCCUAGUCUUCGAUCUUAAAGUAUUGUAACGUUAAAUUUUUACCUAUUAAUAGUCCAUUUUUUCAUAUUCCCUUAUAACAUUACAGCUAAAAGCCACUUAGUUUCUAUCCAACAUCAUUCUAACAUUCAUCAAUUUUACAAUAUUUCUGUAAAUAGUCUUUGAAUUUUUUCCAAUCUUCUUCCACCGACUGUUCUCCCUGGUCUCGGAUUCUGCCAGUCAUUUCCGCCAAUUCCAUAUAGUCCAUCACCUUCAUCUGCCAUUCUUCCAGAGUGGGUAGGUCUUGUGUCUUCCAAUACUUUGCAAUAAGUAUUCUUGCUGCUGUUGUGGCAUGCAUAAAGAAAGUUCUAUCCUUCUUUGGCACCAAUUGGCCGACUAUGCCCAACAGGAAGGCCUCUGGUUUCUUUAGAAAGGUAUAUUUAAAUACCUUUUUCAAUUCAUUAUAGAUCAUCUCCCAGAAAGCCUUAAUCUUUGGGCACGUCCACCAAAGGUGAAAGAAUGUACCUUCGUUUUCUUUACAUUUCCAACAUUUAUUAUCGGGCAAAUGAUAGAUUUUUGCAAGCUUGACUGGUGUCAUGUACCACCUGUAUAUCAUUUUCAUAAUAUUCUCUCUUAGGGCGUUGCAUGCCGUAAAUUUCAUACCUGUAGUCCACAACUGUUCCCAGUCAGCAAACAUAAUAUUAUGUCCAACAUCUUGUGCCCAUUUAAUCAUAGCAGAUUUCACCGUUUCAUCCUGAGCAUUCCAUUUCAACAGCAAGUUAUACAUCUUUGACAAAAUCUUAGUUUUGGGUUCUAACAGUUCUGUUUCUAGUUUUGAUUUUUCCACCUGGAAGCCAAUUUUCUUAUCCAAACUAUAUGCCUCCAUUAUCUGAUAAUAAUGAAGCCAGUCUCGCACUUUAUCUUUUAAUUUCUCAAAACUCUGCAAUUUCAAUUUGUCUCCUUCUUGUUCCAAAAUUUCCCAAUAUUUUGGCCAUUUGGCCUCCAUAUUGAGCCUUUUCUGAGCCUUUGCUUCCAUUGGUGACAACCACCUUGGGGUUUUAUUUUCAAGUAAGUCCUUAUAUCUUAUCCAGACAGUGUUUGCACCUGGCUUUUGACUACUUACAACCAAGUGAAGAUGCCUGGGUGCCAGGAUGGUGCCUGACGUCUCCACCAUCUGGAGGUGCAUGCCUACGGAUCAUUUGAUCUGGACAGUUUUUACACGCUAAUACCUCAUCUUGUAGAAUUCUAUCAGUUAUAUUUUAUCUGCAUAAUUAGAAUGAAUUUCUGGAACCAAAAUGCUUUUUCUGUGCAGCCUAAGUAGAAGCAGUCACCAUUAAGAAAAAGAGGUCAGAAUAUGCCAAUAUAUAUGUGGACUCUCCAUGGAUUUUUUCUUUAAGGUCUGAAAGCUCUUAACCUAGCUCAAGGUUGUCAUCUGAACUAACCAGAUAUUUAACUGAGAAUCAAUCAUAAUCAGUCUGUCAUAUGAAAAAUAAGACUUUAGAGCCAUCUUGCCCCAAAAUGGCAACUAGACAUUCUGUUUUGACAACUGUAACUCCUUUUAAGGAGCCAUUUGGUGUCUAGGUUAUAUACCUGAGUUUCUGACACUGUCCUCAGGUAUAUAGGGCCAAACUGUUUAGGGCUUUAAAGGUCAACACCAGCACUUUGAAUUGUGCUCAGAAAUGUACUGGAGCCUAUAUAUAUAUAUAUAUAUAUAUAUAUAUAUAUAUAUAUAUGGACUGGUGGUAUGUGCUCCCGGCAGCCACUCUCAGUCACCAGUCUAGCAGCCUCAUUCUGGAUUAAUUGUAGUUUCUGAGUAACCUUCAAAGGUAGCUGUACGUAGAGUGCAUUGCAGAAAUCAAAACAGGAACAUCUCAGUUUCUUCCCCCACUCCCCAAUCUUGAGAAGCUGAAGAAUCUUAUACUCAGCAUACUCAGUUCUCAGUUUUUUGAGGUUGCAAAUAUAUGUACAAAAUAUUGGUGUGAAAAUCAAAACCUACUUAUAGUGCUUCUUAACUAUGUCAUAUAUACUAUGUAAUUCAGUGGUACUAGAUUUGUUCCUAGUAACAGCCGCAGUGGCGGAUGUUGGGCUGUCAAAUUUCAGCAGCUCCUUCUGGAAUGCUAAAAUUUAGCAUCACCCCCACCUACCUCUCUUGCUCCGUUCUACAUCACUGUUGACACGUCCACUGUGGCACCAGUGUCCAGUGCAGCCAAACCAGUUACACUAGCCUAAAAUUGCCUCUGGCAGCAGGGCUGGUUCCAGAAACAUUCCUAAGCAGUAGCAGCAGACAUAAUUAACAACUGGGAAGGGGGGAGGGAAUAAACCUUAUCAGUAAUGGACCAGCAAUCCUAUUAGAUUCCAAAUAACUAUACUGUCUUGUAAAUCUGUCUGGUUCCAAUUGGCUACUUUGAAGGAGGAAGAGUUUAAGAACUGGUGCUAUUGCUUCUGGGUCAAUGAAAAAGCUGUAUGCCCACCUUGGCCUCAAGGCAAAAAACCUGUUCCCUAAGAGCUAGAAGCUCAGUGGAAUGAGGACACACCCAUGACUUCUGUCCAGCAGGUAGAUAGUUUAUACAUGUGACAAACUGCAAUACAUUGGAAAUUCCUCACCCUUCUGGUGAUUUUCUACCUUCAUAUCAGUUUUUGUAAUUUAUUGUGUUACUUUAUUUGAGAGCUUAGCAUUUCUUAGAUCAAACUGUAGAGGGGCAGAGGCCUCCUCACCUUGUUGCCUUACUCAGCUGCUUAACUUUUCUGUUAGCUUGAUCCUUUGUUUCUGGGGCCAAGACACUGUAUCAGCUGGAGCUCCCUCUAGUUUAUGGAGCUGGCUUAGUCGCUGGGCUAGCUACCCUUAGCUGCUGCUGAAGCCAAUGAUAUCAGGUGGUCUGACUCAACUUCCAGGGAUUAGGAAUUUGAAAGGGUGGGGGGAUUUAGGAAGUGAGGUGUGGACAAUGGAUGUCAACCAAGAGGUAUGUGGACAGUGAGUAACUAGUCAUUGAUGCUCUGUUGAGGAUUCAUUUUUAAAAAAAGAAAACUAAAUAGGUUUUACCUGGUUUUAAACUGAACUGAUUGCUGAAAUUUGAGUCUCCACAGAGCCUUAUCUAAAAGCUAUGCCCAUGUAUGAUUCUAAAAUGACUCCCUCUAGCUAGGUUUGUAUUGUGUGGAACUGUAUUGGUGAGGGUGAGGGGAUUAUUCCUUCUCCAAAGUUGGGAUUUAGUCUAGUUUUUUUGUUUACUGUGGUCCUUGUAGUUUCCUUGCUAGGGUAGAGCUGAAAACUUUUGGUGAGAGAAGUUUGGAAGAGACAUUCUUCACUUGGUCAUAGCAGAGUUAGUACAGUGGCGGUUGCUUCAUGCACAUUAAAACUUUGUUAGAUUAGCAUCUGGCCACAUCCAUCUUUAAACAAACGUUCCUCAUGAAAAUACUUCAGCUAGAAUACAUUACAGACUCUUAGCUUUACAAAUAGGUGAAUGUUCUAUCCACAGUUUCCAGAAAUUACAGCAAACAAGUCUCCAUCUGCUGGCAGUAAAAUGAAGACGAAAAAGGUUCCAAACAGCUUAAGUCUGAGUAAGACUUAGUUGCCGCGGAGCGCAACUCAAACGCACUCAACCCAAAGCACAUUCAACUCGAGGUAUGACUGUAUAGAACAGCAGGGUAAGGUUUCAGUAAAGGUGUUGCUUUUUCCUUUUCCACUCCUCAUCCUCUGCAAGAGUCAAACCAUUCUACAAAGCACUUACCGUAUUUUUCGCUCUAUAAGACGCACCAGACCACAAGACGCACCUAGUUUUUGGAGGAGGAAAACAAGAAAAAAAAUAUUCUGAAUCUCAGAAGCCAGAACAGCAAGAGGGAUCACUGUGCAGUGAAAGCAGCAAUCCCUCUUGCUGUUCUGGCUCCUGGGAUAGCUGUGCAUCCUGCAUUCGCUCCAUAAGACGCACACACAUUUCCCUUUACUUUUUAGGAGGGAAAAAGUGAGUCUUAUAGAGCAAAAAAUACGGUACUUGUCAUGAUCCUAUGAUCCCAUUUGUCUUCAGUGGACAAAGCUGGGGAUUCAGAGGUGUAGAAGGGGUUUCCCCUCAGAACUGGCCCUAUGUUUUUUUCCUGCAGCACAGCUGGAACCUGAGGAAGCCAUUUUGCAGUCUUUGGAUUCCAGGCCUGAAGCUCCAACAGAACCAGCACUGUUUGAGUCAACAGCUAGUGAUCUUGAUGAAGUCUCUUUAACUGAUGAGACUUCAUUUACUAGAGGUGGAGGUAGUCCUGCAGCUUCAUCUAAUGCUAAAUCUUGGUUUGCUGUUCAGCAAACCUUGCACAGAAUUAUCCAAGACAUUUACUGAUUUGCUUGGACUUUGCCUUAUCAGAACCUGACUUCUGCUUUGCUUGACUCUUAUUUUAUCUGAACCUGAAUUUUGUCAUGCUUCAUAUUGUCUGACUAGAAGUUGAAUUUGGACUUGCUUGGCUUUUCCUUGUAAAUUUGUGCUUAGCACUCUCGUCCUGCUUGAGCUCAAACCUCACCCAGCUGAGACCACCAUCUGAAACGGACAACUAUUUUGCUGUUCAAGGUCUUUGUGGGGAAACACCUCUUAGGGGCUGGUGUUACACUGCAGCAUUUUGUUGCAAGUCUUUACUUCCAUAUUCAGAAUUUGCAUUGCAGAAUAGAAGCCACACUUAUUCAAGUGUUUGUGUUAUUGCAAUAGUCAGAAUUUCAACUGAAUGACUGUGCUAUUCAUUGUAAUGUCAGAAUGAUAAAUAUGGGACUUAUUGCUAUGGCAGUAGUGCCACAUGAUAUUAGUGUUUUGAAUCAAAAACAAGCACAUUGCAACCUAAUGGGAUGCUAUAUAUGACUACGUGGUAGCAGUUUUUCAACUCCUUAGGUUGCAAAGAAAUUUUAUUGUAAAAUGGUACUCUCAAAAGAGCAAUUACUUCAUUUAGUUUGAAAAAACUGAUUUAAAUAUAAUUUACUUAACAUCUCAUCACAUUCUGAAAAUUAAUAAUAACUUGUAUAGCUAAAGGUGUACUGUGAGUACAAACUUGAAGUAGGAUAGCAAUAUUUCUCAACAAUGGAGCUCAGGAUUUUAAUUUGAUAAAAGAAUGCUACUUUACAUAUUGCUAACCUUUUAAAUAAAAUUGCAGACCCUUCUGCACAACCCAGCCAUGGACUCUCUAGGGCACAUUUUGAUUUUCAGUAGAAGAUUUUAACCCUGCCAAAAAUAUAUCUGUAUAGGAUAUAUUCUGAGAACAGCUGGGAAGAGUACUGUCCCUGGUUUGGCUCCAGUUCCAUGUUCUGUUGCCAAUCAGUACCUCUCUCAUUAAUUUAGCAUUACUGUAUUCACAUUUAUUUACAUAGCACCAUUAACAUAUAUGGCUCUGUACACAAUUAAAGGAAGUAAUUCUACCACAAAGCAUGUACAGUCUAAAACAAUGAAUAAACAAUACAAUUAAAAUAAGUUAAAAUGUACUUCCACAUUUUCAGACUCUAGAUCCCCUCACCACACAGUAGUUAUAAAUCAGCCCUUGGAGAGUGAUAACAAGCUGAUCACUGUAGUAGUAGUAAUGGAUUUCUUGUAUCAGCAGGGGCUUCACCUAGAUUACCUUUGAGAUCCUUUCCAACUCAGUAAUUUCUUAUAUCUAAAACAUUUUUAACUUUUAUCACUUAAAAAAGCAGUUGUUAAUUGGAGUUACAAAAUAUAAAACUUGAUAAAUAUAUUUAGGAAGCUGAAAAUUUCUUGGGUAAUAUCCAGUGUUGGUUAUACUCAGAGUAGGCCCAUUAGAAUUAAUGGACUUAAAUUACUUAGCACUGGAUAGUACUAAUUUCUGAGCAACUGAUUUCCUGUGAUCUUAAGGAAUGUUAGGCAGUUUUUUUAUAUAAGAGAAUAGCAUAAAUAAAGUAAUUUUUAAAAUUCUAUAAUAAUUUUUCAAAUGAAUCUAAAUUUAAGUAUACAUCACUCUUUGAAUAAUCAGCAAAUUAGGUCAUAUAUGAUAUGAAAGUUCCUAGUGACAGACCUUUGAACAAUAGAUUUCAUUUUGUCUGACAUGAUUUAUUAUUUCAUUAGCUUCCAAUUUCCAACUUGAAUCUUCAGUAUGGUCAGUACAAUGAGCUGCACAUAUUUAUCCCCCCGCCCCGAACAUCGCUUCUUGUUGCCUGUAUGUCCUAGCCUAGAAUUUAGGAGUUAUGGUUCAUCACCAAAUAUAUCCUCCUCCAUUUUUAAAAAAACAACCUUCACAUUUCUGAAGAAGAGGGGGAAUUGUGAGCACUAGGGUGAGUGUCUCUUUGAAAAGGCAGCACUAUUAAGGGAAGACACUGUGUGUUGAAUUCCAGUUCUUUUGUGUAAGGGCUGGCGGUCCAUUCUGUAGCAUCAGAAUGACAGGAGGUGUUCAGUAUGAUUAAUGGAAUCACAGCUCUGUGAUUGACUAGCCCGUCUGUGCUUUCUGUGUAUUUAGAAUUCUGCCACUGAUGACUAAUUGUGAAGUUAACAUUACAGUAGAGGUUGAACUGCAGUUUUUUUGUUUUUAAUAGCAGAGUGAAUUUGUGCAUCCCUGUUUUAGCUGUUAAAGUUUAGGUGUAAAAUAAAUGUACAGUACUAGACUGCAUUUUGCUAUUUAUAGGAAAUAGGGGACUUUUUGAAGUUGAAAUAUAUUCUAGACUACCUUUAACAUAAAUUGGUGUGCAUUUUAUUUAAACUCAGAUUAUUCAACUGUUGUCUGAAUUUGAAAAGCAAGUUAUCCUUAAGUAGUGAAAUGGAUUUGAGAUUCCAACUGUACACAAGCAGUGUUCAUAAAAAGUAGAUUUUUGAGAAGGAAAGCCUUCACAGAACUUUAAAAAUUAUAAUUUAUUAAUGAUGUAAUUAUAUCCUUAGAAGAUACAGUUUGUUUAAACUAUUCACGUUUUUAGCUUUAAAAAGGGAUUGGUUAUCUAUGGCUGUCAAGAAUACAAAGAGCUGUUGUGAUCAGCCAUAGAGCUUUUGUGGCUGUAUGCUAUAUGUAGCAGCAGUGGAGAGAUAAUGAAUAAGCUCAAAGUGAAAUCAUUUUGAAAAAAAUAGGACUAAAAAAAAGCAAUUUUAUACUAAAUUACAUUAAUUUUUAUUUUGGGGAGUGCAUAUAAUGGGAACAAAAAUCAGCCUGUAUACUAAUAGAUGCACUACAAUGCAGUUUUUUAUGGGUUUAACUCACCCUAAGGUAAGCACAAGUCCCCUUUGAUUUCAGUGGGAGAUAGCUGUGCAUUUACUUAAAUUUCCCAUUAAAAUAAAUGGAGUUAAAUGUCCUUAGCUGUAGCUAGAUUGUGGAACAGGUAUGUUUUUGAAGAAUACAAAAACAUCAACACUGUCAGAAAUUUGAAAGUGUAUUUGUUACUAUUAUACUGAGUCUUGUAAGCCACGCAGUGAGAGCAAUGUGUUCUGAAAGGAGAGUUAACAAUUUUUAAAUCAAUGAAUAAAAUAGACUAGAAAUAUGGCUAGACAUGUUGUAGUUUUUAAUGCGUACAAUAUAUUUUUAGGGCUAUUCUUGCUUUCCCUACCUUGAGAGAGAACACUAAAAAAAUCUAUUUGUUUUUAAUGCAAUAAAAAGCACAUUAUUUAGUGACCUAGCCACCAUCAUCCAUGCCUUGGGUAACUUCACAGAUUGACUAGUGUAAUGCUUCUAGACAGGGCUGCUCUUACUGUCAAUUUCAAAACUUCAUCUAGUCCACAAUGCAGCCAAAAUGGAAGAAGGUUUUAGUUAGAUUCAUACGCACAAAUAUGAGAAAAAAUAAUAUAUAUGUAAUUUCUCUAAAAGUAUACAUGUUAAAGAGACAGAACAUACAGUGACAGUAUCUCUUUAAAAGAAACACAAUGAUAAAAAUUAAGUGGAAUGUAAACUAAAUUGAAUGAAUUUAAAAAUAGUAUUUCUAUACAGGCAACUCCCCAUUUGCAUGGGGGUUGUGUUCUGGAUCAUUGUGCCACAUCAACAGUUGUACGUAAGACCAUUCCACCCCCUUCUGGUGUGGAAAACUGUACAGUCAAUACUACAUCAGAAUAUAACUGAUCCGACACCAGGCAGAAUUAACAUACCAAAACUUAGGGUAUGUUCAUAUUACUGCUUACUCUGCAUCCAGUUUUCUAAUUGGAUUGGAGCAGAUUUGAGGAUAAAGCACAUCAAACAGAAAUAUUUGUCAAGAAAUCAUAGGGUUGGUAUGGAUUGUAGCUAAAGUCAGCCCAGUAUACCUGAAGGAGCUUCUCCACCCCCAUCGUUCUGCCCGGACGCUGAAGUCCAGCGCCGUAGUGGCGCCCGCGCUGUGGAACACCCUCCCAUCAGAUGCUGAUGCUGAUGGUGAAUGCAGCAGUGGGAGCACAUUAGAUGUGGAAUAAGCAGUAGUAUGAAUGUACUUUUACCAAAGGUACCCAUACUUUCAGUGGUCACCUCUAGUGUUGGUUGCAGGAUGAGGGAUCAAGGACAAUGGAAUAUUUACAACAUCCUAGUUUUGAAGACUCUUGAUUUGAAUUUCAUUCAAAUUCUGGAUGAAAAUCAUUAUUUAAUUUUUGUGCUUGCUUUUGUAGUUAUAUAUUAACUAAAACGUUUAUGCAAAGAAAACAAUUUACAAAUAGUUUCUCCAGUUUUUAAUUCUUUAUUGUUAAUCCUGUGUUACCUGAAAGUAAGCCUCAUUGUACAUAGUGGACAUGCAAAGGUCAUACUAUUCAUUUUCUUAAGAAAAGUAUUUGUGGCAUUAACAACUACAUUUGUAGCAUUCUCAAGUAAGGGAAGUUCAAAAUGAACAGCAGUUGAAAGAAAAACCAUUUUGUAGUUCUCUUGACUUUACAGUACUGUAAAGAAUGUAUAUAAUGUCUAAAUUUUCCCAUUAUCAAUAAGUGAUCAAUGAUCUUGCUAAUUAAACCAUGUUGUAAUUUAUCUCCUGUCUUUUCCUAGGUGUGCUGUGUCAUCGAUAUCUCAGGAUGCCACUGGUAAAAAGAAACAUAGACCCUAGGUAUCUUUGUCAUACAGCACUACCACGAGGCAUCAAGAAUGAACUGGAAUGUGUUACAAAUAUUUCCUUGGCAAAUAUAAUCAGACAACUAAGCAGUCUAAGUAAGUACCCAGUAUAUUAAGGGACAGUGCAUUUUGAGAUAAUGUGUAAUACAGCUGCAUUUUAUGGUUAAACAAAAUAAAAUUACUCUUUUCAAAACAAUUCAUAAUGUUCAUCCCAUCUUUUCUGAAUCAUUCCAAAAUGUUCUAUGUCCCCAUCAAUUGUGCAUUUAACAAAAUGUAUGAUGUGUAGUUUCAUUGUUGACUUUAAUGGUCUUAAAAGAACUGAACUGGCAGUUUUGCAAAGUUUAUAUAAAGACUAUAGAACUCAGGCAGAAAUUUCUCUCUGUACUCUGCCAGCUUGCUAUGUUUCUGACCCGCUAUUUUGAGGAUAAUAUUGGGAUAAUACAACUGCCAUGUAUAAGAACAUUUCUCUCUUGGAGAGGCCUCUUUUAUGUCCUUCUGUCUUUCAGUAAUUUUCACUCUUCAUUUGGUUGUUUUUUUAAAAAACAACAACCUAGAUUCUAGUUCUGUACACAUUUCUGGCAGUUGUACUACUUAUGAAGCACAAUGACAAUCGUUAGUGAAUGUUAGUAGCCAACAUGUGCAGAUGCCAUGCAAAACAUAGAUAUAAUAAGGCUCCUGCUCAGUAGGCUAAUAGUGUUAACCUAACCAAAGUUAAAGGGACUCGACUGAUUUAACAAAAGAACGAUUGACUUUUGAGACUGGUAACCUAAAGCAGAAGUUUGGUAGCUCCACACAAUUUUAAGGAGAGAAGGUUUAUAUUCCAGCCUGGGGAAAGCUUAAUGGUAGAGGCUGCUCCCAAGACAUUCUGAAUAAAGAGGAAAAGCAGGAAAACAGGUAGUUGCAUAUGUUUAAAUUAGAAUAAACAAGAAACAAACCACUGAUUUAAUGUUCAGAGAAGGGGGGGAUAUGGGAUAUUAUUAAUGGUAAAAUUCAGAACCACUUUUCAACUCAAAAAGGGUCCUCAAAAAUAUAAUUGAAAAAUAACAAUAUACAAAUAAGCAUAAACUACAAAAUAUUUGCAAAACACAGAUUGUGUAAAUAUGAAGAAUAUAGAUAAUAGUAUUUUGGAAUGUUUUAUGUGUUUGCAUGAGUACUGUUCUAGUCUAUUAUGCUUAUAUUAAGUAGGCAGUAGAAACCUCCAGUCCAUGGGCCAUGCCAUUUUGGGUGGCCAUGCCCAACCGUCACUCACUUUAUAUCAUAUGACAUCAGGUGCAGGAUGACUAAAGUUACACCUGCAAAGAACAAUCAGAUGCCUUAAGAGUUUGCUCCCAGUUGUUUCUUAGCAGCCCUAGCCUACUGUUUUUGCAUGGAAUCGGAGCCACCUGGUGUCAUAUGACAUCAGAUGAUUGACAGAUGUGGGUUGGCCACUUUUUUAUCCAGUCCAUUGGAUAAAAAUGGUUAUCCAACCUUGUCUUAAGUGUUUUGUCAUAAACCUUAGGGGUACUGGAAGUAGUCUAUACGACCUUUCCUAGUAGCACAUUUAAUGAUUGAUCAUUUAUAUAUUUCAGUUUUUGUACUGUUCUUCUUUUGCAAAAACAAAGACACUAUGGCUCUAUUUAACCAGACAGCAAGAGUUUGGUAAAGCUGAAAUAAUAUUACAGUCUUACCUGUAGAAAAUUGAAGCUGAUUUAAUAUUUCAUACCACAGAUUUCAUAUUUUCACUUGUGACCUAUGUUCUAAAGUAUGCUCAUAAAAACUUGUUUAUUCAUUCCCAAAAUAAGAAUAAUUUUAAAAACAUAGCUGUCGGUUAAUUGCCCUGAACUACACUUUGCUUUAUGUAUGUAGCAGAAGUGAAAAAAGGAAACAAUAAAGCUUUCCCCCUUUUUUAUGUUAAUUUUAAAUGAAGGAAUACUUUAGAACCCUACAGCAAUCUUACUGAAAUGUAUUGUUUUUCCCUCUGAGCUGUAACCACUUCAAAAGGCUAUCAGAUGGAAUAUGGUGCCUGCAGUACUGGCCUGAACUGCAACUGUUUCUAGUACAUUUUAACCACUGACAUUAUCAUUUUCCAUCCUGUGUCAGCCAAAUGCAUCCUAAGGAGAGCAGCACAGAGCUAUAGCAUGUGCAUAGCUUCUCUAAUAAAUUAAAGUCUUCAGCUUCUUCAGGAUCCUUGACCCAGAAGUUCAUUAUGACUUCAGUUAAAAAAUGAAUAUACGUCUCUUUUUUCAAAUAUGCUUAUCUGGUGUUUUUAUACUGGAGUAUUAGACUGAGUAUUAGAUUAGGGGAAGGCUCUGUCAUGUGUUUCUCACUAAUUAAAAGUUGUGUAUGUGUGUAUGGUUUUGUUUUGUUUUUAAAGUGACUACUUUAAUUCAGUUCUCUCCAAGUUGGGAGAGAUGAUAACCAGCACAUGCAUAAGAAAUCUACUACUUACAUGGAUUAUUCAGUGAGCUGCUGCCCUGUUCCCUGCAUUACCACAUUGAGUAUCAUGUCUUAAAUUAGGUGAUCACUGGAGUUUCAGGUGUACAGAGAUAAUAUCAAAUUCCAGAUUCUUCUGCUAGUUAAGAGUUUUGCCAAAUACCACUGAGACUGUAGCUGUGGCCUAGGGGCCGCUAGGGGGCGCAUCAGAAGAUGGCCGACAAUACCAUCUCUCCGGCUCACACAAGGUAAUUAAGAGGCUGUUAUGGGAGUAUGCAGCCUCCCUCGUUACCCCAAGGGAAUGGGGAACGCUGCCUUGCCUGCUGUGCCCAUAAUUCACCCCCAGAUUUGAAAGGGGGUGAGGGCACUAGGCACAAAAGCCCUCGUGUGGGUCGGCUCUCCUGGACGCUGUCUCUGAUCUGCGCAGCUAGUUGCGAGAGCUCAAAAUAAACAAUCAGAACAGAAGCAAACGCACAUACUUCAAGCGAUGAUCGGGAGUAAGGACUGCUAACUAAAGGGAUCUCUGGGAAGAGGAGCGACGGGCUGGACUUAACAAUAAAUCAAGAAGAGGAAUAAAUCAAGAAGAAGAUUCAUCAAAAGAUCGGUAUGUCGGAGCAAGACUGAAAAGGAGGGGGGGAGAAAAACUUUUUUUUUGUCUUAUGUGAGUACCCAAUAAUCCCCCCCCCCCAAAAAAAAGAAUUGUUGCAAUUACUGAUCACAAGCAGGAGGAAUAAGAACUGUGUGGAAAUUAAUUACUAUGUAAGGACAUGGCUUAUGGGAGCAUCGGGAAACGAAAGUAAGUCCUUUGUGACGCAGUUAUAAAAAGAGAUUUAUCAUGGCAGGCCCGCCCGCAGGAAUCCAGGGGGAGGAGGACUAUGGCUGUUACUAUGUUGGAGUGUGGGUUCGGCCUAGCAGGGCCCUCUGAGAAAAUUUAUGAGGGAGCGGCGGGCCUGGGGAGAUCAGGACAGACUGUUGGAAUGUUUUGUACGGAGGUGUUGAAAUAGCGUCUGUCUACUUUUAUGGCUCUUGGAUGAGUGUAAAAUCCACACAGGAAAUAACGUUUGUCUUCAACCCGCUUGUGGAGAUUAUCAGAGAUCACAAAGAAAUGAGAUAACAACAAGAAGAUGAGGAAAACAACAAAGAGAAGAUUGAACAGAACUGUGAAUAUUAUUUUGACAGAAAUGUGUAAUUAAAGCAGCAGCAAGAGAGAUGAUCGGAUCCCUUUCGGAGCUUGAAGCAUGGGUACCCCCAACAAAAAUUUUAAAAAUUUGGCUGUGUAAUUUGGAAUUAUUGUUAUUUGGAAUUAAUGUGAUGUGAUUGGCCUGUUAAUAAAAAUUAUUUUUUUUAAAAAAAAAGAGACUGUAGCUGUGGCCUGGAUAAGAUCUAGCUUUUAGCCACUAGUGGUUCCAUCUAUAUAUCAUUCUGAGUAGCGAAAGCAAGCACAUGAAAACGUAUUAACAGCAAUUGCACUUCCAUUUGUUUCUAGGAUUUAUUGCUCCCCCUUCACUAUGGGUGCCAUACAGCAAUAUAAUAGUUCAAUAAUAAAAUCAACUAAAACAUUUUACAUCUCAAUAGGGUGUGUCUUAAAUAUAUAUCUUAGCUGUCAAAGGCCAAGAUAAAGAGGUGUGUCUUCAGCAUACAGCAAAAGCUGUACAAUGAAGGCACCAGGCACACUUCUCUGGAGACAGAAUUUCACAGCUUUAAGGGCUGCCACAGAGAAUGUCCUCUUCCAUGGCCACUAGGUUGGCUCCUCUUCCAUGAUUAAGACAUACAUGAUAGAUGUUUUAUUACCAGCAGGCUUAGUGUUUAACACACUACCACCAUACCAGUUAUGAACUAUCUCCCUGUCAGAAUGGGAGCAUGAGCAUUUUCUUCAAACAUUAACUUUGUUCCUCUGGUGGACUGUCAAGUUUCAGCGGCUGAGAGGUUCAGUAUAUGUGCAGGUAUAUUUCAAUGCAUUAUAUGAUUUUGUAUCUUAAAAUAAUACAAGGUGAGCAUUUGAGGAUAAAAUGGGAUUGCAGGAUUUGAGAUUUUAUAGAGGACAAGCUCUCUGACAAGCCUAGUCACAAUUAUCUCAAUAAUGAUGGGAAAGAUCAAGGGAUGUUUUGAACUCAUAAGGAAGUACAAUUUUUUGUGUAAGCUAUGAGCCAUUCAGUGGCAGGAAUUAGUUUUUAUAUUGCAUGAAACCAUGGGAUGUAGCAGGCUUUAAAUAUAAAGCCUGUUGGGAGAGAGAGAACUGUAAGUCCCAGUGAAAUUCUUCAGGCAAAUAAACAAGAAGUGACAUUUUGAAAUAUAUUAUUGUAUCUUUUUCAGGUUUAUAAUUACAUAUAUGUGCAUUUUAAAUAAAAAGAAAGAAAAGAUUUCUAUCAAAAUGUUUGUAAAACAUUGGUGAUUGAGACCUUAGCAAAACACUGAAUGCUUGGCCAAGAUAGUUGCAUUUAAGGUUGCAUGGCAUUCAGUGUUUAAAAAAAUAACAAAAUGCUGUGCAAGGAACCAUUACAGACCUGUGCCACUUUCUUAUUUUGGGAACUCUGCUCUGGCAACCUUAAUUGCAUUAAUUUUGAUACAGCAGAAGACUGGCAACACUCCAGAUUCAAAACUGAAUCAUGUAGUCAUUGAAUCCAUUUUAUUUCAUUUGCAAAUACAUAUUUAAACACUUCCUUCCAUGGUUGUCUUAUGUGCAUUUCAUAUUUUUAGAGUGCUACUGAUUACUGUAAUUCUGCAGUGGAAAUAAAGCAUCAGAUGUCUUCUUGCACCUGGGAGAACACCGGGUAAUAAUGAUUGAGAAGGGAAAUAGGGCAUAUCCUGGAUGAUAAAACAAAAAGUAUAAACUCCUAAGAACAGGGUCAAGCUUCUAUUAAGGAGAAUUGCAAUGUCUUAACUUUCUUAAAUUGGCAAAUUUUGAUAAGAAACAGAUUUACUAAGGUGGACAAUGAAGCCACUGGAUUGGGUAAUUCCUCCAAGUGACGGAGGCAGGAGCAAAGAAUUAUGGGAGGCAGGCUUAUGAAAGAAUGCCCUAUAUCAAAGAAUACAGUGGUGCCUCGCAAGACGAAAUUAAUCCGUUCCGCAAGAGUCUUCGUCUAGCGGUUUUUUCGUCUUGCGAAGCAAGCCCAUUGACGGAUUAGCGCUAUCAGCUGUUUAGCGGCUAUUAAAGGCUUAAAGGCUUAGGGGAUUAGCUGCUAAAAGGCUAUUAAAGGCUAUUAAAGGCUUAGCAGAUUAGAUAAAGGGGGGGAAAAGCGAAAAAAAAAUUUCUAGACUCGCAAGGUAUUUUGGUCUUGCGAAGCAAGCCCAUAGGGGAAUUCGUCCUGCGAAGCAACUUCAAAACGGAAAACCCUUUCGUCUAGCGGUUUUUCCGUCUUGCGAGGCAUUCGUCUUGCGGGGCACCACUGUAAUUUAACAAAUUUAGCUGCUUGUUCAAAUUCUUAACCCUAACUUUUAAAAACUUUCCUUUGCAGGUAAAUAUGCAGAAGAUAUAUUUGGUGAGCUUUUCAAUGAGGCACACAGUUUUUCUUUCCGAGUGAACUCUUUGCAAGAACGUGUGGACCGUUUAUCUAUCAGUGUUACACAGCUUGAUCCAAAAGAAGAAGAACGUAAGUUUUUAUGUAAAUAAUAUUAUGUGUGGUCUUAUGGAUCAUAUCAGCCAUAGUUGCUAUUAGUAGUGAGCAUAUCUGGUGUGAGAUGCAAAAGACAACAACAAAAAUAUUUGAGGGAGGGAGAUUCUAACAGAAAUCUCCUGGAUCUCCUGUUUCAUGGAGCCUUAUGAGGUUUCAGCAAAGACCUACCAAAUGUUACUGAAUUGUAGCAGCACUUAGAAUCUCUCUGAGGCCAGUGAUAGUCUAGAUCAGAGCUUUCCAAACUUUGUGUCCCGACACGUUAGUGUGUCAGCUGCAGUGUGUAGGUGUGUCAUGCAAACACUCCCCACGCUCGUCCCCAGGCUGAAAAGGGGUUAGUUUAACCUCUGGUUUGCUAGUAAAACUGAACUACUGUGUCACGAAAUGAUGCAUAACUAAAAAGUAUGUCACCAGCAUGAAAAGUUUGGAAAGCUCUGGUCUAGAUGAAGGUGAACAAACUGACAGACAAAUUAGAAAUAAUGUUGGCUGGUGGCCCUCUGCUUCAAGGUUAUAGGGCAGCCUGUUUGGAAUGAGAUUGUACUUCCCCAAAAUCAGGUUGAUAAGUUGGAGGUACUCGUUCUGAGUAGUGAUGCAAGCUUUCCAGCUAAAGUUGGAUUUCUCCAUGACAUUUCAUGCUUUAGUGCGGGGUAGCUAACCACUUUUACCCCAAGAACCACAUAGAGGGUUGGCCACUUCCCUCUCUCACACACCACUCAUACUGUUAUUUGUUAUCAAUUUGUGGGAUUUUAAGUAGUCUCUACAAAAAUACUAUUUUGGGGCACUGUUUUGUAUUUUAUGUCUUGUAAACUGCCUUGUGGAGACUUCACUUUGAAAUAUGACCUAAAAAGUUUAAAUAAAUACUGUAAUAGUAGUAUAGAAUGCUGUCUCCAGGCUGUGGGUUAGAUGUUUGUGCCAAGCUCAAUUCAAGAUGCUGGUUUAAAUGUGUAAAGUCCUAAAUAGUUUCAGAGCUGGGUACCUAGAGUUGUGCCUGCUCCCAUAUGUGUCACUGCAUGCACUCCUUUCAACAUUACACGUCUUAAUCUAGGUGCUUCUGCUGAAUAAGACUCCAUGGAAUCUGCUAGGAGUGGGACCUUUUCAGUCCAGGGACACCUGUUAAAACCAGACACUUAUAUAAAUUUGUACCAGGCUACAUCCUAGCUUUUUAUUAUUCCAGGCUUUUCUUUGCAUUCCUUUUUUUAAAAAAACUAGUUGCUGUGGAUUUAUAUGAGCCUUGCUGGCUUUUUGUUGCUCAUGUAGCAUGUAGCUUUGGAUAUUUUCCUGCUCAUUUUAAUUUUUAUACUAUUGUUUUUUAUUGAUUGAUUGAUUUUUAUUGUUUUUUAUUGAUUUUGAGACAUACUUUGCUCAUCUCACACACUACACCAAUAAUAAACGCACAUAGCGCUAAAGUCAAUCACCGUAUUCCAUUCCUCAACGCAAUGAGGAAAAAACAAACUGCAUCCACAUGACGUGACAGAGGGACAAAGAGAGGGGGGUGGGGGGCGGAAACAUUCAUUAUGAAGUUUCCCAAAGCCCACGAUUGAUAAGGAUCCCACGAUUGACCAGGGUCGCCAGGGGAUCCACCUGUUGAUCACGGUCGACCGGUUGGACAUGUCUGCUUUAAAGGAUACAUUGUUAGCUACCUUGGUUUGUUUUACAAGAACAGUGGACUAUAUAUAGUACAAUCGGUUGGGAAUAUAUCUCAUCCUGGAGUUGCACUCCUUUAAAACCUAGUGUAUGCUCUUGGGUGUGCUCUUGGAUCUGGAGCUGCUGCUUAGAUGCCCACACGUUGGUGUGGUGAAGAAUACUUUUUACCAGCUUAGGCCAAUACACCAGCCAAUGCACCAGCUGCAUUGUUUCCUUAACACAAAUCAUUUGGCCGUAUAGACCAACAUCUGUAUAGAAGACAUAUGAAGGGAGGUUUUAAUGUUUGACAUUUUUCUAUGUUUUUACAUGUGCUGUAAGCCAACCUGAGUGGCUGCAUACAAAUUUAUUAUUAUUAUUAUUAUUAUUAUUAUUAGUGUUUGUAUUUGUUUUUUUUUAAAAAUCAUAUUUGUUAGUAGUUUCAGAAUUAUAAGAAGAGAAAAAAAACAUUAAAAAACAACACUAUAAUACAUAAAAAGAAAAGAAAAAACACAAAAACCAAUACAGCAAUACAACAAAAAGAUAAAAAGGAAAAAAAACACAGCACGAAUCCCAAAUUACAUAUCUAAAACUUCCAUUUGCUUGUUCCUCACACCUCCCUUUUUGUGUUCUAGUUUAAUUAGUUAUUUCAGCAAAUUCUUUCCAUCUUUCUCAAUUUUUGUUAAAAAAUUUAUCCUAACCUAAUUUAACCUAAUAAUUAGCUCAACAAAUCCUUUCCAUCUUUCCCCAUAUUCUAUUAUUCACAUUACCUUAAUUUAUUUAACCUUAUCUUACCCUAAAGUACCUUAAAGCUUGAAUCUUAGUUAUCAAAUAUACAUUACUCCUGAUAUCAUUUCUGCUAAAGUCAUAUAGUUUCAUUCCAACAUUUUCCCUAAUAUUCAUUAAUUUUUAACCAAUUCCCUAAAUAGAAAAUUUUCUUUAUAAAUUUUCUUCCAAUCUUCAUCCAACGUCCCUUCAUCCUGGUCUCGGAUCGUGUCAGUCCUUACUGUCCAUUCCAUCUAGUCCAUCAACCUGGAAGCCUUAUGUCCGAGGCCCUUAAGUCUCUUCCAUGUCCCUUCUGCAAUUCUUCUUCUUGUUUAUACUUGCCCUUUUCCUUGCCUUUUGUUGGUCUCUUUCUUAGUUUUUUUCCUUUCUCAUUGAGGAGUAGGCCUCUGGGGGAUUCCAAGCCAAAAUUGUCUCCAUCUCCCUUCAUCAAACCCGCCCAUUCCCCACAGUCCCACUCCCCACAAUCCUCAAUAUAGUCCAAAAAGUAUUUAAAAGCAUAUUCCAAGGUCUCUCCAACGUUGGGAACCUCCUCAACUCCAGACUCCCCCUGGCCCACUCCAACUUCAAUCUUCAAUGACAGCGGCUCAUACUCCUGUAGGGCCUCGGGACUCUCCAUUUGUAUUAUUUGGGGUGCAAUCGCAUCCUCCUCCAUUAUCUUCUGCACUUGCCCAGUCAGUACAGAUUCAUGAGUUGGUCCCUGGAUAAUUUCUGUAUCAAUAUUCCCUGUUUGCCCCCAGUUAUUAACUGCAACAGUCAAAUCCAUUUUCUCAUUCAUCAAGUCCAUCUUCUCAUGCAUCUGUUCCAGCAAGGCACUUGUCUUGCAUAGGGCAAGCACCCAGUCUUCUUUCCAGCUCAUCUUUAGUCAAGGUCAGAAAAGCCUGUUCCCACGGUCUUAAUCUCACAUCUGUUGAGCCCUCAAAUGUACUGCAGCAACAAUUUGACAAGCUCCCUCUAGAGGAGACAAUUUCUAUUUGUAUCCAUUUUUUUAGGCAAGUCCAACAAAGGAAAAUUACUUUCAUUUUUCAGAUAUUUUUCAGAUAUUUUGUUUCUUUAGGAUGCAAAAGGCAACAUUGGAAUCAGCUUGUUUCUCUUCUUUAGCUAUCUGUCAAAAUAUUCCAUUCACAGUCAAUGAACCUCUCCAACAAUUUCUGUCUCUGACACCCCGUUCCCAGGCUAGAGACGGUGGAAACUUAUCCUUCUUCACUCCCUCUCCUGCUAGGGUUGAAAAAAGUUUCCCCCCCUUUUCUCCUGCUUCCAAGGGGGUUUCAGUAAUUCUGAAUGUAGGAAAUUUAGACUUUUUUGACAGCUUUCCAGGCUUUAGCUUACAAAGUUUUUGCUUUAGUCUAUAUACAAAAAGCGGAAGGCAGACUUCCUGUUUUGAACCUUCCCGCUUCGUUACCAAAUUAAGAAAUUUCUUGAUCCAAUUUUCCGUUUCUACUCACGGGUACUUGUUUUAAAUCCAAUUGUCCACAGGAAAAAGUCAGCGCUCUCCGGCAAUGGCUGUGCGGCUUCACUCCGUGAAAGUAGCAGUCAGUUCGCAGCACCGCGCUUCUCACCCCACUUCACUCCGGAGCCCCUAAAUGGGAUUCCCUGCGAGUAGGGGGGCGCUCCUGGUGCCCUGCCGAACCCCACGUUCCCAGGCUUCCUCCGUCUGGGAUUUCCAGCGGGUCCCCACCUUCCCUGCGGCGGGAAGACCCAGUUUCCACGGAGCCCGUUCCUCCAGACGGAGGAACUCCGCCAUUCACCGAUGGCGCUGACCCGGAAGUCAUUAUUAGUGCUUGUAUUUGUAUUUGUAUUACUAUUAUUAAGUAAUGCAUGGUAACAUGAGAGAUGCAGUUUGCACUAGCAGCAUGGGCCUAGAUCACAGAAGGUAAUCGCAGGGGCCUAAUGCAACCCCUCUGCACCUCCUUUGGUGCACCCCAGGACUAAAAAGAGAGAGAAUGGAUAACGGAUGGAUGAGGACUAAAAAAGAUGUGGUCACAUAUGUGUGAAAGAGAGAGUGAGUGGAAGAAUAGAUGAUGGAUGAAGGAGAGGGAGAAAAAGAAUGGAUACUGAAUGAAUGAGUGAGAGAGGGAGGAGUGUUCCACCACUUUUUGCUUUGGUCCUGCUUGCCAUCACCGAUUUGUAGUCCUUGACCACUUUUCCCAAAGGGAAUGUGGCCCUCAGCCCUGCAAAAAUUGUCCAACCUUGGCCUGUGUUGGGCUUCCAUGGGCAGCGGUAUAUCAAAAUACUGUGUCCACCCCCAGCUUCUUUCUUGUUUCCACAAAUGGCUGCAAUCACUGGAAUGUUCGGUUCACUACUUUUAUUAGUAGAGAUUGUUUUUAAGUAGGCAUUAGGAUACUACCAAAUGGGUGUUGUUAUUUUUACACUCGCUUGAAGAAGCAGAAAACACCAUCCUUUGACCAGAUGCUAGUAUCUCCCUUUCCUUGGAGGGCAGUUUGUUUUCUGCCGCACUUGAUGAUUAGACUUCUUUUCCCUACUCUUCUGGUCUUAUUCCUCUGUCCUAUAUCCAUUUUAACUACAGUACUCAAGGUUAAAUACUGGGCUGGAUCACUUCUCUUACUAAUUGAUAUCAAGCUCACAUUGAUCUCUGAACUCCAAUAAUUAAUUGUGUAAUUGACUACUCCAUUUAAAUCAAAUGCAUCCAGUGAAUUUUGUGAAUGAAUUGUGUGUUGUGAUUACCCACUCCCAAAUUCAAAUUACUUCAACAUGGACUGCAAAACUGUAUUAAUUGGUAAUUUCAUCAAUUGAUUAACCACUUCUAAAACCAGCCACAAGUUCUGACUCCUUCCCUGUUUACCCUCCUCAAGUGAUAGGCUUAUCAGAAGGAGUGCUGCCAUAAGCAUGUUCUUCUCGAGUCUUCAGGUACAUCAGUUGAAUUCAAAAGCAUGACCAACUCUCAAAAGCACGACCAGCUUCCCCUUCCAGAGAACAUGGGCAAAGUGAGAGCAAGUAGGGAGCUCAGCAUAGCUAUCAGUGCUUCAGACUGGGGCUCAAAAAAUGGCAUCCAGCAUUUUUAAGCCCCCAGGGGUGCAGAUGUGUCUGCAAAACCGGAACUGCCUUGUGGAAGUCACAUGUGCCCAGGGUAACCCCAAAAGUGUGAUGGUAGCCAUGCCGCAGACCCUUCUUCCCAAAAAGUGAAAACAAAAAAAGCAGCAGCAAAAGCCAGAAUUCCAUAAAUAAAUUAUCUGAAGUGGAACUCCAAAUCUACCACCAAUCAAAUCCACAUUAUUCAAUCCGCACCAAAGUAAUGGUUGGGUUGCCACUGGAUUAAUAUAUCAUUGGAAUUGGUUGAAUUGUGUAUUCCAAUAAAAGAGUGACUUUUUGUAUUCAUCUAUUUUUCUUUCAGAGACUUGUGCUCUUCUCUGUCAACAUCUUUCACAGUCAAGUAGAAACUGAAAAUUCAUGAUUCAUAGUAUUAUUUCCUGCCUCCUAUGCAAAUACUUUUUAUUCCUUUUACUCCACUAGACAGCAUUUACUUAGGCAGGUGGGCGGGGGGGGGAAAUAAUUUUCAAAUUGCUAUGGAUUGAAUUUCACUUAGUUUGGAUUGAAUUGAUUUAAAUGAUGAAUUAAAAUAGUACUUCCAUGUAAGUUUGUGCAAAUAAAUUAAAGUAAAGAAAGAGAUGCUAUUAUGAUGUGCUUAUUAUAGGUAGAGGUAUAACAAUGUAGGACUAUAAUAUUGAUGAGAAGAGGAAGCUGAAUAACAAAACUAUGUCUGCCAAAAGAUUGAUUAAAAUAUAUAGAAUAUUUAUUUGUCAAAUGUCUGACAGUUUUCAUAUUUGGCUAAAUAUUUGAUCAAAAUUAUGUCUGUGUAUUUCAACAUUUUUGUAUGUAGAAUUAUGUGCAGUUUUAUAACAGAUGUUAUGUACAAGUAAAUAAUCUCAAGAGCGAUGAAGCCUAAGUAAACAUGAUAAAAACGGGAACCAGAGUAUGAAGUCAGUUUAAAAAUGGGACAGACAGUUGUAAAAAUCAUUGCUUAGUAAAUAGGAUGUAAAAUCAAUAUGGAAAUCUUGAUUUAUUAUUGGGGUUAUUUGUCAAUUUGAUUCAAAGUUUUAAGGAUUGCUAGAGGAAUAUUGGAUUAUAAAAUUAGUUCUGUGUAAAGUAAAUGAAAGUGGAAUAAAAUUAGCCAAAACAAUUACCAAUUUAUGAACCUGUAGUGCAAGACUUCUGUUAGCAUAGAUCCACAGAACCCUCUUAGCUUGUAGUCUUGCCUGUUCGUGUCAGAAGGCAACUGGCACUCAGUUAAAACCUGCCAGAGGCCUAAAUCACCUUAAUGAGAUUAUAAGCUGCCAAAGAAAAAUGUAAACAGAGAAUCUGUUAAGGUAUAGAAUUCAGGUGUAACAUGCAAAGAGGGGGCAGUACAUGAGUCUAAGGCUCACCAGAAUUCACAUGAUCCUUUGAACCAAGCCUGAAGAUGUAUCUUGUAAUGGAAAGCUGGAGAAAUGACAUGAAUGAAGUGAUAGAAAGGGAACUAGGGGAAAAACAGUUUUAAAAGCUACAAGAUAACAACUUCUUAGUAAAGUUGGUACAGAAGGCUAUAAUUUAGCAAUAGCUGGUGGCGCUGUGGGUUAAACCAUAGAGCCUAGGACUUGCCGAUCAGAAGGUCGGCGGUUCGAAUCCCCGCGACUGGGUGAGCUCCCGUUGCUCGGUCCCUGCUCCUGCCAACCUAGCAGUUCGAAAGCACAUCAAAGUGCAAGUAGAUAAAUAGGUACUGCUCCAGCGGGAAGGUAAAGCGGCUUAGUCAUGCUGGCCACAUGACCCGGAAGCUGUAUGCCGGCUCCCUCAGCCAGUAAAGCGAGAUGAGUGCCGCAACCCCAGAGUCGGUCACGACUGGACCUAAUGGUCAGGGGUCCCUUUACUUUUAAUAUGUCAAGGAGGAUGCAAAUGGAACAAUGGAGGCCAGGCUGAAAGAAAAUACAGUGGAACCUCGGGUUACAUACUGUCCUCCUUAUGAAUGCUUCGGGUAACAAGCUCCGCUAACCCGGAAGUAGAUGUCCCUAGUUGUGAACUCUGCCCCUGGAUAUGAGUGUAACUUGUAAGCUGGUGGUGGCAGCAGGAGGCCCCAUUAGCGAAAGCACGCCUCAUGUUAAGAACAGUUUCGGCUUAAGAUCGGACCUCCAGAACAAAAUAAGAGGUACCACUGUACUGAAGAGCCUUCUCUAAAAUGCAGCAUAGUUCUAAAACCAGCAUAGUAAGUAGAUGAAGUCUAGAAGGCAAUUUUCUUAUUGUAAAAGCUGAGAAGCUAAUUCCUGUAAAGGUGUUUCCAGACAGAUUACUUAGCUUUAGCUGUAGAGCCAAUUUGCUGAAAGUGCAGAGUGUUAUUUUGAUGUCCAUAGUAUUGUUAUCUGCCCAAAGGAAUUGGAAGGGAUAAAAAUUAAACAGUAAGCAAGACCUGUUGAUAUAUAAUCAUAGUCAGUCAUCCUAAAGAUAGACAUAGCCAGACAAGGAAUAUUUUGCAUGAUUGAAGUGCUUAGACUGCUCAUAUAAAAUCUAAACAGUCAUUUUAACUUUUUUUUCAGACAUAGGCUUUUGUCAGCCCAUUUUUUAAAAAAACAUCCUGAUGUUGUCAGUAGGAGUCUCUAAAUCUAUAGAUUCAGUGUUAGUGUGUUGUUAUCAGGCACCAGUUUUUUUUUAGCCCUACCAUCUACUCAUCCUGUGCUAUGAAGAUCAUGGUGUUCCACAAGACACUGCAGAAAAGUACCUUCAAAGGAUGUCCUCAGUUCUGUUCAAAUUGCCUUUAAAGACAUGACUAGUAAUAUGGGAGUAAUGCUCACUGCUUUGCUACUCCAAAUUAUGCAUAUAUAUUUAAAUACAGGCAACCCCCCAUUUACGUGGGGGUUAUGUUCUGAUUCACUGCAUGCGUCAGUUAAAUUGUGUACAUUUGAAAUACCAUUGAAAAAGCCUGCCAAAAAACCGUUCUGUGCUAAUCCCAUUCUGCCCCUUUUCAUAUCGUUUUUGGGUCACUACCAGGUUUGGGUCAAUGCAUGUAUGUGCAAUCAUGCACAUAUUGAACACACAUAAAUGGGGAGUUGCCUGUACAGAAUUGCAUGGAAUCUUCAUUGUACGUGAUCAUGAUUUCUUUUUGUAACUUUCUUUUUCUUUUUCAGCAACAAUAAUUUCUACAAUCUACUUGUGUCUUAUGAGCUACAAUUGUCCAAUACAACUUUUGCCUCCUAAUGCAACAUUUAUAUCUCACUAUCUAAAUGUUGAUUUUUUUUCCAGUUUCACUGCAAGAUAUAACAAUGAGAAAAGCUUUCCGAAGUUCCACAACUCAAGAUCAGCAGCUUUUUGACCGCAAGAGUCUGCCCAUUCCUUUACAAGAGACUUAUGACACAUGUGAACAGCCUCCUCCACUCAACAUACUUACCCCUUACAGGUCAAUGUUAAAAAAUGCACAGAAUGCAUUUUAAUUUCUUAAACUUUACUAGUGAUAAGAACCCUCUAAUCAAGCGAAUGAGUUUAAUUUGGGAACUGGAGAUUUGUGUAGCUCGAUUCUUAUUUUUACUAGGGCAGUUUUUUUUACUAGGGCUAAUCAUUCUAAGAUUACUUUUUGCAUGUUCCAUUAACUGUGAUGACACAGUCCCUGAGAAUGCAUAACUGUUGUCUUCUUCACUGUGAAAUUGUACUAGUGGCUCAACCAAAUUCCUAGCAUUCAUGUAAAUAUCAGGUAUGAUGGGUAUAGUCUUCUAGCCUCAUACUUUAAUCUUGUCCACAGCCCUACAAAUACUCAGCCCACAUUGUAGAGAAAAAGUGAUGUUGUUGAGGGUUUUGUUUGUGAUACAGUACUGCACAGGAACCUGUUACCAGGGCUACGGCCUGUAACGUUUGAUUUAAAAUGCAGUAAAACUGCUAGCAUAUUUGCAAAGCUAAAGAGGGACGUGGGUGGUGCUGUGGGUUAAACCACAGAGCCUAGGACUUGCUGAUCAGAAGGUCGGUGGUUUGAAUCCCCACGAUGGGGUGAGCUCCCGUUGCUCGGUCCCUGCUCCUGCCAACCUAGCAGUUUGAAAGCAUGGCAAAGUGCAGGUAGAUAAAUAGGUACUGCUCCGGCGGGAAGGUAAACAGCGUUUCCGUGCACUGCUCUGGUUUGCCAGAAGCAGCUCAGUCAUGCUGGCCACAUGACCCGGAAGCUGUACGCCGGCUCCCUUGGCCAAUAAAGCGAGAUGAGCGCCGCAACCCCAGAGUCGGUUACGACUGGACCUAAUGGUCAGGGGUCCCUUUACCCUUUACUUUAAAGAGGGUCUGGUACAGCUUCAAAUUGGAUGAGGGACUGCAUGAUGAGAUUCCUGAAUGGUAGGAGCUUGGAUAAGAUGACCCCCAGGGUCCCUUCCAACUGAACCAUUCUAUUACUUCUAUGCAGAGUACAUUUUCAAGCCCAGUGCUGGGGCCCUCAGGUGGGGCACUGACUUGCAGCCCAGAGGGACCCAGAGACCCAUUGGCUACUCUCCCUUCCAGGACCCCAACCAAAUGCAUUGGAUGGGCAAACUAGUCCUGCUGCAGCACUGACAGAGCCCAGCUGUUCAAAGGCCAUAAGAAUGCAUUGGGUAAUGCAGCCAGCUGAUUGGAUGCAGUGGGGUAAUCGAGAUGCCCGGUUGGUUGUAGUUAGAGGGAGGGCCUCUUUACCCUUCUCCCAGAUGGAUGGGUGGUGACUGCUCUUUCUUCAUUAAAGCAAUGAAGAGGAGGCUUCAGAGUCCAGCUGAAAAAGCCUGGUGGGACCUGGUCUUCUCUCCCCCACCCCAUGGUAGCUUCCUUAUCUCCCUUCCUUCCCAAGAUCCACUCUCAGCUUGAAUUUGUGUACAUACACGUUCUACCUCUCUAUGUCUUUUCUUUUCUCUUCCAUAUACUAUUUGUUUGUGCCGUCCCCCUAAGAACAAACAAUCAUUUUCUCUUAUUGUUCACUUUAUAUAAUGAAAAUUAUAUUAACCUCAUACCCUCCUAAUUGUAAGGAUUUUCUUUCCUUAAUUGGGAGGUGGGGGUUCAGCAGUCUCCCUUUUGUUGUUACAUGCUGUGCAUACCAUAUUUUAUAUUUAUUUAGUAACAUGUUUUAUCUAAUAAUCUUAUUUUUCCUUUAGAGAUGAUGGAAAAGAGGGUUUGAAGUUUUACACCAAUCCUUCCUAUUUCUUUGAUCUAUGGAAAGAAAAGAUGUUACAAGACACAGAAGACAAAAGAAAGGAGAAAAGAAAGCAAAAGGUAUUAUCCUCCUAGGAAAUGAGUUACGUUACGUGGUCCUGAAGGAUGCCCUGCUAUUAAGAAAAUUUAACAUCACAUGAAUAGAACAAAUUCUUCAGAUUUGCGCUAUAUUUUAUUGGUUUUAUUCUAAUCAUUUGCUUCUCAUUUUUUUAACUAAAAUUGACUAAAGCAACCAACAAAGCAAGACAAACCACAAUAAAACAAUCAUUAAAAUCAAACAUGCUGUCAUAAAAAUCUAGGAGGCAGAAUAACACAAACAAAAAGCAUCCAUAAAAGCCUUCUGAAUGGGAGAAAUUAUCAAAGACCAUCUAAACACAGGAAGAGAAAAGAUGCUGCUACUUUACAAAAGAAAAGAAAAGAUGCUGCUGAGAUAUAGCCUAGUAAUCUCAACCCAGUCUGGAAGCAGUUUCCCUAGUGUCAGGCAGAGGUUGUUCCCCAUUCUCGUGUUAGCUGCCAAGAUGGAAAAUAGAAAUAUUUAGAAGGAUUAAAUCAAGAUUUAAUAUGGUAUCGUCAAAUCUGGUCCAUUGCUAUUGCUGAAAAAUUAACUCAUAAAUUAAGGUAUACUAGAGGACAAACAAGAAUUCGCUUUCAGCUAUGUGGCAAAUUUUUAUUUUAUAUAUUAAUGAUAACAAAGUUCAAACUCCUGUGAAAUAUGCUACUGCGUUCUUAGUAACUUUUCAGCUUUAAGUGAGCAUUUCAUGAGACUGAGGACAAUAUCCUGGUAUUUAUAAAUAAAGCAAAUAUUUUAAAAGAUGUCACUGCGCCAAUAAUUACUUUUUCCAGGGAUUUUAUUUUUUGUUUGUUUGUUUGUUUGUUUCAUAAAAUUUAUGUGUCACUGGAUUGUAGAAAAAACCCACAAAAAAGAUUUGUAUAUGUGUUUGGGUUUAAUUUUCUUUCUUUCUCUCUCUCUCUCUCUUUCUUACUUUCUUUCUGUUUUUGAAGUAUAUUAAUUCUUUUUAAGAAAAAACGCUCAGGUAAUACAUUCUCUUCCACAUCAUCUUAUAUAAUGCCAGAUAAAGGGGACUGAGUGCUUAUAUAUAUGAAAUGCAUGUUUCUACUCCUUAUAGCCUCCAUUCAAACACUUUCUUCAGUGUUUCUCAAUUAACAUGAUUUACAAAGCAUAAUAAACCUUUGCAUUAAUAGCUGAAGCAAUUAAAAAUGGUUCUAUAUGUACAAAUAAAUGUUUGAAUCAGUUGUAGUGAUAAGCCUUACUGAUCUAUUUUGAAUUUUGUAUUUGUCCUAUAAUUAAGUAAUUUUGUUGGUGUUAUAACAGAUUGUAUUAUAGUUUGCCAGGAAGAACAGUUGUCAAUUUAUUUUUUGUGCUAUUUUGUAGCAGAAGAAUCUAGAUCGUCCUCAUGAACCAGAAAAAGUGCCGCGGGCUCCUCAUGACAGGCGCAGAGAGUGGCAGAAGUUAGCCCUGGGUCCAGAGCUUGCUGAAGAUGACGCCAGUCUCUUACAUAAGCACAUUGAAAUUGCUAAUGGCCCUGCGUCACAUUUUGAGACGAGGUUUUCUUUUUUACUUCUUACUUUUAGUAGCUAAUUAUUUUGUAUAUUAGUUAUAAAAACAUAAAGAUUGGCCAGUUUGUAAAAUAUUUUUUCAUAGAAUUUAGAAAACUUGAGGCCAUUGUUUAAACUUUCGAUAUCGUAGACAAAAUGCUCAUGAGUUGGUGCUAUCCAUCACAUCAAAUUAUAUUUCUCUCCUGACCUAGCAGCUUUUUUUCAUUUGUCUGCACGGAUUUUUGAGCCGCAUAAUCACCUGAGGCCUAUUAUGACAACACAUUCCUACUAUACCCAUUUAUAUAUUUGGAUGUACACAUGCAGUUUUUAUGCUGGUUCUUCAGGCAACCUCCCAACUACCAGCGGUUGCCACUCUGUCCUCUACACUCCUACUGCUGCUGUGAUCCCUCCUUCAUUGUUCAGCUGUUCCUCCUUCAGUGUCUAAGCCAGUGGUGUCCAAACUUUUUUCAAAGAGGGCCAGAUUUGAUGAGGUGAAGGGCCGUGGGGGCCAACCAAAGUUGCUGACCUUUUUUAAGGAUUGAAGUUGUUCAGGCUUUUUUAGGACUUACCCCAGGAAAUAAACUGCCACAGGGGCAGGAUUAGGCCCCCGAAACAGACUUUGGACAUGCCUGGUCUAAGCUUUUGUCCUUCUUUUGCCUCUGUUUCAGAGAGCCAGAAAUCCCCUUUAUUUUCUACUUUGCGAUUAGAAGAACUCAACCUACCAUUUACAUUAUUUACUGUUAUUUGUAUACUCUUAUUAACAUACAAAAAUUGUUAGAGUAAUGUAAGCAAAAAAUAUUUGCUAAAUGCUUGCGAAGUGCUUCGUUUAUACUUGCAGAGCUACUUUGUGUAACCUAGUUUGUCAUGUUCUACUGAUCAUUUUGUACUGUUUCUGUCUUUGGUCUUAACCCCAUACAAACUGCCAGAAGGACUGUCUUCAUUCUUUUGUGGUUCUUGAAACCAAUAGGGCUGUAGAUAGGAUGCAAAAUUAGCAUAUACAAUUUGUAAGUGGAUUUAUUUCUUUUCAGACCUCAGGCAUAUGUGGAACACAUGGAUGGACCCUAUUCUCUUUCUGCAUUGCCAUACAGCCAGAUGACUGAAUUGCUGAGCAGAGCAGAGGAACGUGUCUUAGUCAGGCCACAUGAGCCACCCCCACCUCCACCAAUGCAUGGAGCAGGAGAUGUGAAACCCAUUCCACCCUGUGUCAGGUAUGAAACACUUAAAAUACUAAUUCAGGACACCUUUUCAUUAAACUGACAAAGUGGGGGAAAGAUUGACACCACAGGUCUUGGCUAUAGGCAAAUCAACCUAUCAAGGAACUAAAAGGCAUGGAAUGCUUGUUUGCCAAAUACUUUGAUAUACUGUACUAUAAUAAAUACAGAACUUAACAUUGAGAUUUCAGUUUUGUUAUAUUAUUACUGAAAGAAAACCUACCGGUACAUUUUAAAAAAACCAAAAAUCAGUUUUUCGAAGUGUCUUUUAAAGUACUUCUAUCUCGUUCAGUACAAAACACUCUAAAGCAUAAGUCUAAAAAACAAACUUCAAACACAACUUUAUAUGAGUUUUAGAGUGUUUUCCAGUGCAGGACACAGGCAGUGAUUUUUGAAAAUAAGGUAAGGAAAAUACCCUGCUUCACCUCACACAGUAUUAGCCAUGUGGGGACCUGGCUUGAGACAUAGGCUUCAAGAAACGAACACAUUCCAAAAUGUAGUUGUAAAUUUGUUAACAUGUUUAGAGAUCAGUUUAAUACUAGUUCCCAGUUCUAUAGUGCUUUCAUGCUAUGCUUUAAAAGCAGGUGUGGGGAAACCAAAGCACUCCAGAUGUUGUUGGGACUCCCAACUCUCACCAGCUGCAACCACCUUGGCCAAUGGUCAGGAAUAAAUGGAAUUGCAGUCUAAUACCAUAAAGAGGGCCACAGAUCCCUCACCCCUGUUUUAAGGGUAUUUCAAGUUGGUUUCAGUCUAGCACUGGCCAUAUGACAGAAUUUGAAUUUAUGGAACAUUCUCAAAAAGUGAAAGCGUAAAUAACGCAGUGUUGUUGUUACAUUGUUUGAGUAGUAAAAGCUUGUAGUAAAUGACUAAACUAUGGUGCCCUUUAGCAUGCUUGUGCAAAAAUAUAUCUGCAAUAGCCGUAUUACUGGAGUUUAAUUGAAAGUUAAAUGUAAAUGCCCUGUGGACAGCUUUCACUCUUAUAGUAAUCACUUGGAGUGUUUUCCAUUUCAGCUCUACCACAGGUUUGACUGAAAAUCGUCCUCAGUCACCUGCUACUGGCAGAACACCAGUGUUUGUGAGUCCUACUCCUCCUCCACCUCCACCACCCCUUCCAUCCGCCUUGUCAACUUCUUCAUUAAGAUCUGCAAUGACUUCCACUCCACCACCUCCAGUGCCGCCGCCUCCACCCCCUCCAACAGCUGUUUUGCAAGCUCCAGCUGUGCCUCCGCCCCCAGCUCCUCUCCAGAUUGCUCCUGGAGUGCUUCACCCUGCUCCUCCUCCAAUUGCACCUCCUUUGGCACAACCCUCUCCUCCCGUCACCAGAGCGGCCCAAGUCUGUGAAGCCAUUCCAGUUCCACAGGGCGAAAUGCAAGGACUUCCUCCACCUCCUCCUCCUCCUCCAUUGCCACCUCCUGGCAUCCGACCCUCAUCACCUGUUACAGCACUCUCCCACACUCCCACAUCUGUUGCCCCUGGGGCUCACGUUCCAAUAAUGCCUCCAUCACCACCUUCACAAGUCACUCCUGCUCCUGAACCCAAGCGUCACCCAUCAACACUACCUGUCAUCAGCGAUGCCAGAAGUGUCCUUCUGGAAGCAAUACGAAAAGGUAUCUCUUCUGUUCAUUGGUUAGCAGCGUUAUUCGUUUAAUGAAUCAAAUACUCUCUUAGCAGAUUUAAUGUUUUCAAUUAAGUUAUUUCUGUUGAGGAUAUUUUAAACACUUCAUUGGUUCUGCAAAAUAGGCAGAUUACCAUAUAUAGAUUCUUUUCUCAUAUGCACUUUACAUAUCCUUGGCUAAAGUGUAAAGGUGACAUGUUAGAAGUUUAUAAAAUUAUGCAUGGCCUGGGGAAAAUAAAUAGAGAAAAGUUUUUAUCCCUCUGACACAACACUAGAAUUCAUGGACACCCAGUGAAGCUGAAUGUUGGAAGAUUGAGGACAGAUAAAACAAAGUUCUUCAUGCAGCACAUAGUUAACUGUGGAACUAAAGAGGAUUAGACAUAACAUAGCCAUGAUGCCUAUGUUUUGCCUUCACAGUUGGAGGUGAUAAGGCCACAGGAAGGGAAAACCACAGGAGGGGAGAAUGCUCUUGUGCUCAAAUCCUGCUUGCGGAUUUCCCACCAGCUUCUGGUUGGCCACUUUGAGAACAGGGUGUUGGACGAGAUGGGCUCCUUAACAUAAGAAUGUAAAAGUGGCGUCAUGUUAGCUGAAGAAGUGUUCACAUGACAGAACAAUUGGCCUACAGUUUUAUGACCAUGAGGUUAUAGCAUUAUUUAAAUAAUGUUUCUUUAAAUUGAGCCAGAAUGACUUUAAAAACCCACAAUUUAUGUAAUAAAUAGAAAAACCAGGUUUUCCUUCUAUUAAUUGCAAAUUGUUUAACCAAUCAAAUACAGAUAGAUAUUGUGCUGGUCAUGUUACAUCCUUCUGCCACCUAGAAACUAUGAUAAUUUUCAUGACGUCGGUCUUUUUACAUUGUCAACUUUAGAUAAUUAGUAGCUUGAGAAUGGUUUCAGAAAAGCUGUGUAUUUUGUCAACUUAAAUAAAGCAAAGCAGAAAGGGGGUGAGCAUAUAAGACAAUCACCAAGUGGUAUUCUGCUUUGUGUAUAUACUGCAUAUCCCAACAUUGGAAGGUCAGGCUUGCUUAACAUUUGGAGAGCAUGUGCUCUUAGACGUUGUUCUCCAGCAUAAUUUGAGAGAGACUAGUUUUAUCUCCUGGGAGUCUUAGUCACCAUAUCAGAGGCUAAAAUUUUUAUAGCAAUUUAGCAGCAAACCUCGGAAUAUUUAUUGAGGGAGUUGUUGACAUUUCCCUUUGCUGUUAAAUUACUCUGAAAUAAUAAAAGAAGCCAUUAUCCCAUUUCUACUAGACUUUGCUGCAGUUUACUCUUCAUGUGUGACUCUCUCCACGUGCAACUAACUAUGCAGGCAGAAUUUAUUUUUUAAUCAACAGUAAGGGGAAGUUGGAAUUUUUUCAAAUGGGCAACUGUUGUUGAUGAGUUUAGAACCCUAAAAAGGACAAUGAAGAAGAAGAAAAGGGUAUAUAAUAUUUAUUGCUGCUAAUACUUACUGGUAGGAUUAGCAUCCAUCAGCCUUCUAUUUGAGCUGAUUUCUAAAGCUACCAGAAAAAAACUUCAUUGUCACUAAAGGACCAUUGAAUAUUUAAUACAAGCUACAACAGAAGUUUGUUGUUGCUUUUUACAGUAAAAGCAUGAUUGAAAAGAAUAUAUGCCUCUCAAAAAGACAUCUGCAUUAGUAGCCAAUUAUAACUUCAACCUUUGGUACUUUUUUUUUAAAAAAAAAGUAGAAAUAGCUUAUGUUCAUGAGGAGAAACUGGAGUCUCACUGUGUGAUAAUGGCAUUUUUAUGCCUUAUGAUAUAUUUCCAUACACUUAUGUCCUUAGGAGAAGAAUCAAAACAAUUUUCUCUAUGUUACAUGAAAUCCCCUCCCUGUAUAAACCUAUAGCCAUAUACAAACUAGUUUUUUGUGGAGAUUUGCAAGAUACUGGGGAAACCGCAAAUGCAUGAACUAUAAAAAGCUGUCUAAAACAUUGCUUUGGCAAUGCUUUGAACAAAGCAAGUUCAUAUUAGCAUGUCUGAUAAAUAUUUGGUACACAGUACUAUUAAUUCCCCCCAUGUACUUUUAGGUAUUCAGUUACGAAAAGUUGAAGAGCAACGUGAACAAGAAGCUAAACACGAGCGUGUUGAGAAUGAUGUUGCCACCAUCUUGUCUCGUCGCAUUGCUGUGGAAUACAGUGAUUCAGAAGAUGACUCAGAGUUUGAUGAAGUUGACUGGUUGGAGUAGAAUGGAUAUAUGCUACUAAACUGAAUGCUGAUGUCCAUUGUGGUGCUUGUUCUUUAAAACUGUUUGGUCAUUUCUAGUGUUUUUGUAUUUUCUUUAUAUAAUCCAUGUUUUUCUACUUUUCAGUUCACAAAAUGUUGGCACAUCUUUGAAACUAAAUGUUUUACAGUGAUACAGCUCUUUUAAAAGAGUGUAAUUUUGUUCCAGUAGACCACUAAGUAUUAAGCAUGGGCAGCUGUUGGUAGAGUAGCAGAUUUAAAUUUUCUGGCAUAUCUUUAACUGUGCACUUUGUGAAUUUUAAGUUAUGAAGGCAGAAGCUUCCAGGAGAGUUGUACGUAGUAAUGAGCAUUACUACACUGUUAACAGUUUAAAAACAGAGAAGGGUGUAAUCCAUCAAGUGCUGCAAUUCCCAGGUACUUCAUAGGGAUUUGAGCAGGAGACGAACUUGGGGGUUUGCACCCUAGUUAUUACUGCCUUGAUUAAAUCUGUACAUUACAAGGUACAUGUAGUUCUAGCAGCACUGGACACACUGAAAGAAAAACAAAUAAUGAUCUUUGGGGGUUUUAAUGUUGUUUUUAAUUAAAAAUUAUGGCCUUAUUUGAAUGUUUUAAGAUUUUCUUUACUGGUACCUAUUGUGUGAUACUAUUUUGCCUGCUUGAGAGUUUGACCCUCCUCCCCCACCUUGUGAAAUCUUCUGACUUAGCCAUUCUAUGUAACUUAUGUAACUGUUAGAAAUAACAGUUUGAUUUAAAUAAAUGGUUUGUUUUAAA